UCAGUCCAUCGCCAACUGCCGCCCCGACAUUCCCGAACAUCGCGACCGAACGCGCGCUAGCCGACGAAUCCGCUCGCCGUCGCCAUCGACACACCGCUCCGUGAAAAUUCAAAAAAGAACAAAUUCCAAAUUUGGGAACGCGUUCGUGUUAAAAGUGAAAACUUAUUUUUUUAUUGUCGUGUCAAAGUGACAGUGUGUGGUGGAUUUUCGAGUUUUUUUCCGUGAUACCGCGAUGCCGAUACGUGUGUGACACACCGGGUUGACUCGUCUCAAUCCUCGCGAUGUCGCAGCAACAGCACGGGAGGGGGCGCGCGAGGGCGCCUUCCCCCUCCUCGCUGCACUAUCGGCCCCCCUCGCCCUGGGCUCCAAGCCCUCCGCCUCUCAUCUCCGGGCCGCGCCACUCCACCGCGCUAGUCUCCCCGCCUCCGGUGCAGCCCUCCCCGAAACCCUUCCGUCCGCUCCACUCUCCCCAUUUCCGACCUCACUCUCCCUCCCCGAGCUCUCACUUUUCCAUCUCCCCCUACCCUAUGUCCCCGACCCUCGGUCAGAGUCCCGAGUACUACUACUCGUCCCCAUACGAACCGAUUCGGGAAUACGACUACGCGGGUCCGGAACCCCCGCCGCCGCCGCGACCUAUGAUCUUCGAGGAGGAGGAAGAGGAUCGCGGCCCCUCCACCGCGGAGAUCAUCGCCAACCAGUCGCAGGAAGGCUACGUGGACGAAAAGCUCGCGGAAUAUCAGGCCACCAUUCAACUCCUACAAGAUGAGCAAGAACGAGUGCAGAAAAAGACUUUCGUUAACUGGAUCAAUUCACAUUUGUCAAAGCGCAUUCCACCGCUUCGUAUCGACGAUCUAAUCUACGACCUGCGCGAUGGCACCAAACUGCUGGCGCUGCUCGAGGUGCUCUCCGGGGAGAAGCUGCCAAUGGAGCGUGGCCGCGUCCUCCGGCGCCCACACUUCCUGUCCAACGCGAACACGGCGCUGCGUUUCCUUGCUGGCAAACGCAUCAAGCUGGUCAACAUCAACGCUGCAGACCUAGUGGACGGCAGACCAGCCGUCGUCCUUGGACUCAUCUGGACCAUCAUACUAUACUUCCAGAUCGAAGAGAACAGUCGAGCGCUGGAGUACCUGGGCGGGUCUCGCUGCGCGUCUGUGCUUUCGCAAGAGUCGGGCGCCGCAACACCUACACACCGCGCUGAGGAUCGCUGGAAGCAAGGGGCCAAGAAGACGCUGCUGCAAUGGGUCGCCAAUGCACUACCUAAAGACUCGAACAUCCAAGUGACAGACUUUGGUCCAUCGUGGCGGGAUGGUAUCGCUUUUCUCGCGAUCAUCGACGCCAUCAAGGCGAACCUCAUCAACUUGGCUGAGAUGAAGAGGAAGACCAACCGACAGCGGCUGGAGCACGCCUUCGACGUGGCCGAGAACGAGCUGGGCAUUGCCCGUCUCCUCGACGCCGAAGACGUAGAUGUGGACAAACCAGACGAGAGAUCGAUCAUGACCUACGUAGCACAGUUCUUACACAAAUAUCCGGAACCCAAGACGACAGGACCGGACGCCGUCGCGGCGGUCCAGGAGGAGUACGAAUCCUUGAGGAUGUGGCUGACGGAGCGCGUCACUAUUGUCCAGAGACAAUACGACACGCGGACUUUAUCGCGGAAUUACGAGGACUAUGUCCGUGCCGAAAACGAGCGGCUCGCCAGAGAGCCAAUAUAUCAGAAACUCGAGAAGCUCAUGUAUACGCAGAGCCUGGUGGCGAUAGCACCCAAAUCGUGGCGCGAGCUUGUCUCUCUCUGGAUCGAGCUGGAGAGACUUCACAGAAGAUGGCUUUGGCUGUUAGACUCGGAUCUGCCCGGAGACUUCAGGGCUGUCGGCGAAUGGUUGGCUAGAGCCGAAUUCCUUUUAUAUUUUGACGAAAUCCCGAAUAGCUUGGAUGAACGAACCGCGGCUCUUAUUAGCGAGAAGUUAGAGGAGCACACGUCUUUCUUCGCCGAACUCAUCGAAGUCGCGGCCAGGUUCGAAGCGGCAUUAAGGUCUCCGGACGCCGCUAGGAUACCGACCGAAAGGCUUCACGAUAUGAAGGAGCGUCUUGAGACUGUCAGUCGCAGAGCUCCCCAGAGGAAAGCUCGCUUAAAAUAUCUAGAACACAAAUGUUGUAUAGUGGCUUUCACAGAACUUACAAAAGCAAAAUUAGCAACUUGGACCGCAAAAUGCGGUAAAGUUGAACACGUCCGUGCCUUAUUAGAUGACUAUGACAAUUUCGUAACUAAAAACAAGAUUUUCCAAGAAUUUGACAAAGCCUACGUUGACAUCAAGCAAGUAGCAGAUGAAUACAAGCGAGUGUGUGAAGUAGAUAGAACUGAAGCGAGAGAAAUUGACGGAUUCUUGAGAGAAAUUUCGGAGACUUGGAGAAGGGUAGCCUCCGACGUGAGAUGCGCACGAAGCGUGCUCGAAGAGGUGAUCGCUCACUGGGAGAGGUGGACUGUACUAGUGGAAGAGUUUACUACUUGGUUAGACAAAGCUCAACAUAUGUUAAGAGUAUCCGAAGACGAGGGUUUGGAAUUCUUCCACGAUCUAACGGUUUGGAAAGAGAAACACCAGCUUUUAGGUGAGACAGCUGGAUUUUUGGCUGCGACAUGUACCGAAGAAAUAAGUUCAGAGGUCAAGAGAAAAUACGUGGAGAUCACAGAAAGAUGGGAACGCGUAUGGGAUGAGGCCGAGCGGUACGUUCGCGGUGGAGACGCUCUCCGGCACCGUCGCGAGCUGGCGUCAGGCAUUCAGAAGUUGGACAACUGGCUGGCCAGCGCCGAAAACCUGCUGUCUCGACAGCCGCGCGCCAACACUGCAGAGAUACAAACCUACAUCGACAAGUUGGUGCAGCUCAACUCUGAAAUAGAACAUCAUGAAGAAUUAUUUAAAACUAUUAGCAGGACCUUCCAAAACGCAAUUGCGGACCUGCCUCGCGACGAGGUCGAGUCAAAUAUGACGAAAUUAAAGCAGCAGAAGGAGGCGCUGGUCAGAGUGCGGGCCACAGUGCCUGUCAAGCUGCACCAAUAUCGACAGCUGCUCGUGCAGCACGAGUCUCUGGAGAGCGGCCAGAAGGAGAUCGGACAGUGGCUGGACAAGGCCGACGAGCUGCUAAGGACCACCACUGAGACAAGAAGAGAAGUAAUAGAAGAACGUUACGAGGUGCAUCGAACGUUCUUUUCCCGCACGACCUACUACCGCUCAAUGCUGGAAAGCAAGAACAAGGUGUUCCAAAACAUUGUCAGAGCCGCCGACGUCGACCGCAGCGCCGACGUCACCGACCAAGUACGGUUAAUGAAGGAUUUAAAUGAUAGAUUUGCGCACAUAUCUUCGGAGGCUACACGAAGAGAAUCAGAGCUACAGCGUCUUGUGCGAGCCUGGGAUGAGUUCGAAACAAAGAAACGUGCAGUUGAAGAAUGGGCGUCAACAGCCGAAGCUCUACUAUCCGACAAAAGAGUGGACUCAAAACAGGCUGUUGACUUCCACAAGAGAUUUUUCCAGGGUGCUGAUGAGAGAGCUGUGUCGGAGCUCGUUCGUUCUGGCCGGGAGCUAAUUGAGCUUGUGAAUGCAGAGGACAGGCCCCAUGUUGUGCAAACAGUAGAGGAAUUGCAGCGGCGCUGGAAGGAGCUGUUGGACCGAGCGCCCCCACACCUCAUGCGACUUGAGUUCCGUCUGGAUGAAACUGUAUUCCAUCAUUGUAUUAAAGAUAUAGAGAAAGAACUUGUUUAUGAGGAGCAGGCCUACAACCAAAGUGACGAUGCGGAUGGUAUUCUUAUCAGAAACGAAAUGUACUUCCGUAACCAAGGCAAGGUAAUGCAAGUGGAACAAUGCCUUCAGAAUCUUAAGAAGAUCUCAACGAGUUACACACAACAAACAGGAGACACUACGUUAGAUGAAGAGGUGCGCAAGUGCGAGCAGCAAUGGGAAUCGACAGUCCACAGAGUAGAACAUUUCAGACAACAGUUGCAAAGAAUUCCUGCGAAAUGGGAUGCGUAUAGAGAGAAAUUCCAAGAGAUGGAAAAGUGGAUGGACCAUGUUGAUAAGACAAUGGAUAGUAUUGUCAGAGAAGUGGAUUCUGCUGAGGCAUUUGAAAGAGAGAAGACUAUAUUCCAGAACAUCUGCCGCGAGGCCGACAAGAAGCGAGAAGACAUGAAGUGGUUAGUGCAAACAUUAGAUAUGCUCACACACCACUGCUCCGAGAUGGAGGCACAGGAUGAACAGAUCAAACUAGAAAAUCUCAUACAGAGAUACAAAAAUCUAAUACCAACCAUUGAAAUAACUAUGAUAAAGACGGAAACAUAUACAAGGUGUUAUACGUAUAGACGUGAAGUCCAUGAAGUGAUCUGUAUAUUGGAAAGUGCUCAGAAGCAGGCCAUGGUAGAACCCGAGCCUCAAUCACUGCAACAAGUGGAGCAGCUGGUGCUUGAGCAACAAGCCGCAGUACAGAAGUUAGAUCGCCAUCGUCCUUCUGUAAUGUCGAUGCUGCAACGCGGUAAAGAACUUAUUAAAGAUGCUAAUGCCCCAGCAUUUGUAAGAGAAGACGUAAGGAACUUGGAAACCGGCUGGAAUACGGCCUACGAAACUUCAACAGACCGCCUUUAUAAGCUACGUGAUACUCAAAAGGUUUGGUCCAACUAUGAAUACCAGAAAGAGGAGUUGCUAUCAGAUAUCGACAAAAUUGAGAACUAUGUCGCGCACCCCGGCUUAGAAUUGGGCGUCACAAAUAUUAGCCGUGAACUACAUGAAACAAAAGUUAUCAAUGAUGACAUUGAAAAAGCUAAGAAAGAAAGGCUUCCGCAGUUGCAGCAGGCGUACGCUCAACUACAAUCACUUACAGCUAACAAACCAAAACCUGUUAUCGAAAAAGACUUGGAAACUAUCGAAAGAAAAUUGGAAAGAGUUCAAGAUGAAGUUCAUACGAAAGUCGAACAUCUGGAGAAAUUUAACGAGGAGUGGGUUAAAAUUGAGCGUAAAUUGGAACAUGUUCGUGAAUGGAUCAAGAAGGAAAGUCCGGCUUUGAUAUCUGAAAUACGUUCGGAUAACAUUUCCCCAGAGGAGAGAGUCGAGAAGUCGCAAAGCUUGCAGAAAGUAAUCGCAGAAAAGUUACAUGUUAUCAAAAAUGUUGCGGAUCAGGGAACAAAAUUGGCCGUUGAACAUCGUGUCCAGGACGCUAAUAGGCUUAAAGGUGAAGUCGCUCUACUAGAGAAAAUGAUGGCCGACUUGCAGCGCUCCACAGAACAUCAGACUAAAGUGGUCGAGCAUGACCUCGCGAGCUGGCAGAAAUAUCAAAAAGGUGUUGCCGAAAUCAAACCAUGGAUUGAAGAGGCGGAGAUUAAAUUGGGCACUGUACCCAAGCCGUCCACGUUACCCGAAGCUCAGCAACUGCAACAACAAUCAAGGGCUUUAAUCACAGAUUGUGAAAAGCAAUUAAUGAAUUUGCAAAUUCUCUCCAGUGUUAGUCAUCAAUUAUCAGGAAAAACUAGUGCCCCUGACGAAGUGGACGCCAUUCACUCACGCUGGGCUGUCGUUCACGAUCAAGCCGACCAGUGGAACAACAAACAGGAAAAACUUAUUGUUAAUUGGGAAAACUUUGAGCGGGAAGCAGAAAAAAUUGAAGGUUGGAUAGAAAACGGUGAAAAAAUGUUGAGUAGCCGUAACAUAACAGUCGAGUCACCGCAGGUGGAAAAAUUGGACAGAGAAUUAAAUAAACUCAAAUCAUUCGGCAAUGAAAUUUCGCAGCAGCAAGCUAAAAUUAUUUCUUUAUCACAGACGUGCGAUAACAUUUGCCAUAACAUUCAACCGGAGGGUGCAACUUUAUUGAAAAACAAAGUGUCCGAUAUAAAGGAUCGUACUAAUACGCUCGCGGAAACUGUGCGAAGUAAAAUAAAUGAACUUUCAGAUAAGAUCAUUGUCCGCCAAGAAUUUUUGACUAAACUGCAUAACUUUGACAAUUGGAUCAACGACUUCAGAAGAAAAACAGAAAGCUUUGAUCAAGUAGACGCUACUAAAGUUGAACCAUCACUACAAUCCAUGCACGUUCUGCUGCAGGAGCAUGCAGCUAAGGCUCCUGAAUUUGCUGAUAUUUACAACGAAGUUAAAAAUAUGACUCUUACAUCACAUCCUGAAGAAUCUCGUACUUUAAGUGACACAUAUUCAAACAUUGCGGAGCAUUAUCAGUUGAUCGAAUCAAAUAUUCAACAAAAUAAAGCCAUAUUGAAGAAGUGGUCUGAUUUGCUAAAUUGGUAUGAAGAUACAAAGCAACAGUUAGGUCACAUUCAGUAUCAAAUUGAGGGACCAAAACUUACACCUGAGAGCUAUGAAGUUUUGCGCCAAGAACUUGUCAAUGUUAUAACAAAAAUACCGGAGAUGAAGAGCAAUGUUGUUCUGUUAGAUGGACCAUCAAAGGUCAAGGUUACUGAUCAAAAUACAGGCAGAAUAAUUUCGCCGAUAAGUUUAGUAAAAGAAAUCGAAGUUAAAGCCGAGGCUUUGCUUAAUCAAGUUACAUCCAAAAGAGACUUGGUACAGAAAGUUGGUGCGAGGUGGGAUAAAUUUAAUUCACAACAUCAAGCCGUAUCAGAAGUUUUACACAAUGUUCAAUCAACUUUAAAUGAAAUGGCUCAAAAACCAGUACCAUUGACAGAAGCUGCAAUUCAAGAUUUAUCAGAGCAGCUGGAUACUCUAGACACGGAGCUUAAAGAGAAACAACCUGUUAGAAAAGAGCUCCGCGAGGAAGGUUUACAUUUGAUGAGAGAAGAUCAACCUAACAUGGGAACGAUACAAAAUUCACUGUCAGCGGCUGACCAUAACUGGGAUCAAGUAGUUAAUACCGUGCGUGAUACCAAGAAUAGGUAUAUUUUAUUGUCAUCAACACUACAAGAAUUAAAGAACUUUACUGUGGCAUUUGAUAGAGAGAUGAGCAGAGCACAGCAAUUACACAGCGAGUGCAAGGAUGCACCGAACGACUAUGUACAGACCGCUCAAGCUUUGGAUAAAGCAAGAAAAUCUUAUGAAAUACUUAAGCGAUCUAAGGGUUUGUUAGAUCAAAUGGAUGUUAUCAAACAAUCAGUUCUAAAACAAGCGUCCACAUUAGGAGGUUUUGACACUAGUCCUUUGGAAAAUGCAUUCUUGGAAUCCCAAACACAAUGGGAAAAAGAAAAUGAUGCCAUCAUCAAAAGAAUUCAAGACUUGGAAUCUCAACUUCUUGUGUGGCGACAAAUUGAUGACACGAAGAAUCAAGUUGUAACUUGGUUAAGUGAAACUGGACAAAAUUUGUCAAACGCCUGUGAUAAUUUAGAAAUUAGGUUUGGGCAAAAUCAUCUUACAAAGUACAAAGAAGAAUUACCGAUAUACACAGGACUUAAGAACAGUAUAAAAGCUAAGUGCGAACAGAUAACUAAUCUAAAUAAAAAUAUUCCUACGGGUCAAGUUUCUUCGAUCAUUGAUUACCUCGAUAACGAAUUCGAAGCUUUGCAAACGCUGGCUACUAAUUUAGAAAGCGCAGUGUCGUCCUUAGAGUCUAAAGAAAACAAAUUAAAGGACAAGAUAAAACGCCUGUCUGACAAUAUUAGCAAAAUUCGGGAUGAUAUUAUAAAAUGCGACGACAUGUCUGGUGAUAAUUCCAAGAUUUUAGAUCGUUUAAAGAAAUGCCAAGCUUGUAAAGUUGAAUUACAAAACCUAAGCGAAGAAAUCGAUAACCUCUCUCAAAACGUCUCUGAAAUGAACGCCAAUUAUCCAGGUUUUUACGAAUCACUGGUGCCUAAAGAACUAAGCACCUUACAAAAGAGAUUUGAAAGCGUUUUAGUUCAUGCAAAUAAAACCGAAAUAACUCUUCUAACAUUCCUGCAAAAGCUUUUUACUGAUAAACUCAGUAUGUUUAAUAGGAAUUUGAAGAUUUUAGAUGAUAAAACAAGAUGGUGCGUUCCUGACGUGUCAAGUGACAAAUACAAUUUGGAAGUUAAAGCCGCUGCUCUCGCUGACGUUGAAAGUGGGAUUGCUGAUUGCAAGCAGAAAAUUACGGAAUUAAAGGAAGCUUGUGAAAUAUUACGCGUAGUGGCUGAACCGGCAACAGCACAAGAAGCAGCAAUUCAGACAGAAAAAGCUCAAAAAAAUCUGAAUGUCUUAACCUCCAAUUGCGAAGAAAUCAAAAACAGUUUACAGGAAAAUAUAGAAGCAUGGCAAGAAUAUGAAGCAUUAUUAGAAAAUGUGUCCGAAUGGUUGAAAGAAAAAGAAAAUUUAGUAAGACAAGAGGCUGCGAAUCUACUAGACGCUAAUCACAUACAGGACAAAAUAACUGAAAUUGAAAAACUUUAUAACGAUGUGCAGAAAUAUGGAGAUGAAGUAAAUAAACUUACUGAAAUCGGAGAUAAGAUAUUAUCUCGUAAUCCUGAAUCCCGAGUAUCGCAAUAUAUUAACCACUUAGCAAGCAGAUAUCAAGCCGUCAGCAAGUUUGUUGAUAAUCAUUUAAAUAGAUUAAAAGAACUCAAAAACAAUAAGGAAAAAUACGACAAGUCAAUUGUGGAAUUUAAGAAUUGGCUUUCUGAUGCCAAUGCGAGGAUAGCAGAUUUGGCAGCUAUGAGUAAACACGCAAAACCAUCAGCGGCUGAUUUAGCACAAGUAAAGAAAUUGAGUGAAAACAAAGAUUUGGGUCAAAAAUUGCUUAAUAAUGCAAUCGAAUCUGGAGAGGCCUUAUUCAGUGGAAUCAAUCCAGAAGGUCGAGAACAAAUUCGUAAUGAACUAAGAGCAUUAAGAGAUUACUUUGAAAAUUCUGUCGAUUCACUGAAUAAUGUUAUUAAGGAUAUAGAAACAACAAUAAACAAGCGAUCAUCCUUUGACGAUACUUUUAAUCAAGUACAGAAAUGGAUAAGUGACAAAGAAAACGAAUUAGGUGAUUUCAAGUUAUGCGCUACAUUGCCUGAAAAGAAGGCGCAACUCCAUGCCAAUAAGAUUUCACUUCAAGAAGUAGAGCUUCAUGAAUCAAUGCUUACUCAGCUUACGGAAAAAAUCAAGUUAAUGCCAGAUGAAGAGGCAGAAAAGAGUCUGUCUAAGACUAUUGAAAGAUACAGAGAAAUGUCGAAAGAGCUUGCAAAGAGAAUAGCUACAUGUGAGCGUCACGUUGUAGAUCAUGAAAAAUACGUGCAAAUGUUCGAAGAUUCUCGUGAUAGACUUAACCACAUCGUUGCAGAAAAUAGCAUGCUGACAUACAGUGUAGUAACGCAAAAAGAUGAUGUUGACUCUAAGAUUUCAGCUAUAGAAAAAAUCACAUCGCAAGGACCAAAUAUUCAAAAUAUUCUAGACGAACUAAAAUCACAACUACAUAUUGUCUUAGAAAAUACGAGUCCAAACGGCCAUCCCGUCCUUAUAAGUGAAUAUGAACAAUUAAAGGCAACUUGGACGCAAUUCGCCACGCAAUGUGAAGAACAAGACAAGAAACUCAAAGAUAUGUUGAAGCAAUGGAAUGAGAGCCAAAAAACUUUAGAUGAACUUGAAGAAUGGCUGAAAGUAAAAGAAAACCAAUUAAGAGAUCAAAGUCUUAAAAAUAAUCUCGAGGCUAAAAUAGGCCAUUUGCGAAAAGUGAAAGAAAUACGAAACGAGUUGGCCUCAAGAAGUGGGGAUUUCACAGAUUUAACCAGCAAUAAACAAAGUGUAACAAGUGAAUCGGAACUCACAAAUAAGACAUCUAAAUUAGCUACUCGGUACCAUACACUAAAUAAUCUUGUGAACGAAAUUAUUUCGAAAUAUGAAGUAUUUGUAGCUGAACAUACUGCCUUUGAGAAAGAUUUUAACGACAUGGAAAGCUGGUUGAUGAAUAUGCUCGGAGAACUACAAGAUUUGAAUGAAAUAGUCGGAGAUUACGCUGUCUUACAAGAAAAACAAAACAAAGCUAAAGAGCUUUAUGAAACUAGAAACAAAAAGACUCCUGCAUUUGAAGAAUUCCUUAGUUUGGGUGAAAAGUUAUACGCACACACAAGUCCCGACGGCAGAGAAGUGAUACGCCAAAAAAUUAGAAAGAUAAGGACUCUCUGGGACACAUUCGGUGACAAUUUCCAAGAAACAGUUAACAAACUUGAUCAAUGUCUCUUACAAUUUUCUGACUUUUCAUUAGCUCAAGAGCAGUUGACUAAGUGGCUGAAGGACGUUGAAAGAGCAAUGCAGCGUCACACUGAAUUAAAAGCUUCUUUAGAAGAAAAGAAGGCUCAGCUACAGAACCAUAAAUUAAUGCACCAGGAAAUUAUGACUCAUCAGCAGCUUGUCGAGUCGGUUUGUGAUAAAGCUCAACAGCUAGUUGACCAAACACAUGAUGCAUCUUUAAAUGUAUAUUUGCAAUCAAUCAAACAAUUAUUCCAGAAUAUUGUAACCAAAUCGCAAAACUUACAGGACAAUUUAGAAGAUUGUGUGAAACGCCAUGAAGAUCUUGUACGCCUUAUUCAACAGUUUAAAGAGUGGUUAAGUUCGCAAUCAGAAAAAGUACUCGAUUGUGAAAAUGCUACUGGAGAAAAACCCGAGAUCAUCAGAAAGUUGCAGGCUGUUACAGCUCUCAAGGACAUUGAAAAGAUCGGAUCUCAUAAAUUAGAUGAAAUUCAAAGCAUAUUUACAUCAGUAAGUAAGAGUACAUCGGAAGCUGGUAAUGCCGCAAUUAAAUCUGAAAUCGAUAAUUUACACGACCAACUACGUAAAGCUAUUGAUAGUAUAGGAUCUUCAGAACAAAAACUGAAACACACUUUGGAUAUUUGGAACAAAUUUGAUUCUUCCAUUGAAGAUAUUUCUGAAUGGUUAAAGGACAUGGAAACGAAAUGUCGUGAUCAAGCACUCUGCUCUACAUUACAAGAAAAAGAGGCACAGUUACAAAGAUACGUUGAUCUCCGUAAUGGUAUUCACGCUAAAGAAAAAGAAAUCGAUUCUUUUGUGGACGACUCACAUAAUCUCAUUCAAGUAAGUGGUGUGGAGAGGCUCAAGCCUCUUGUGACCCAAGUAAGUAGCCGAUAUCAACAGUUGCAUGUAAUUUCAAAGGAAAUUGUAAAUCAUUGGUCUGAAGUAGUAAACGACCAUAAAAAAUAUAUUCAGCUACGUAACGAAUUUGACGCAUGGCUAAAACCUUUAGAAGAACAACUUUCACAAAUGACAACAAAAGAAGAUAAACUGAGUAUUGAAAGCAAAGGAAGCAAGUUACAAGUGUUCUUGCUUGAACGAGAUAACGGCGAACAUAAAAUUGGAAUUUUGACCACAGCAGGUGACAAAGUUUUACCCGAAACCGCCGCAAACGGCAGGGAAGUUGUUCGAUCCGAAAUCCGGGAUUUGAGAGAAAGAUGGGAUAGACUAAAUGACAGCAUAUUGCAACAACAAAAAGAAUAUGAAUCUCAAACAUUACAGUGGUCUAGUUAUCAAGAAGUAUUACAACAGACAUUAUCUUGGUUAGAUGAAAAAGAAAAGUUAGUCGAAGGCGAGGAGAAAGCUGUAUUGAAUUCAGCGCAAGAAAUUAAAUCGAGACUCCUUAAAAAUAAAACAUUGUUACAAGAAAUAUAUUCCCAUAAACGGGUUAUUGAGACUGUAACUGAAAAAGCUAAAAGUGUAGCUUCUUCGUUGCAUUCUGGCAAAGAACAGAGUGACGAAAUGACGUCAAUUAUUCAAUCGGUUUGGGACAGAUAUAAUACGUUAACUAAUAGGUUGUCGGCUGUCAUUGACAAGCACGAAACUACAUACGAAAUCUACCAACAAUUUGCGGACCAACAGAAAUCAUUACAAGAUUACCAAAAACAUCUGUGGGAUCGCUUGCAUCUCUUAUCCGACUUUACUGGAAAUAAAGCUGCACUUCAGGGCAAGUUAAAUAAACUUCAAGAAUUACUUGAUGCUAUUCCAAACGGCACCAACAAGUUGAAAAUUUUGUCAGAUCUUAUAGAAAGUAAUAAUGAGAAAUUAUCUCCUAGGGGUAAAGACGCUAUGUCACGUGAAUUAAGUCUUCUCAGAGCUGAUCUAGAAAAGUUUACUACGACUGUUCACGAUGUAAAGCGCGGCAUUGAAGACAAAAUACAGCAAUGGAUCGAAUUCGAUAGCGCAAACGACCGUCUUCAGCAUUGGCUAAGUGAUACUGAAAUGAGCCUGAAAACCUAUACACCCAAAGCUACUUUGGAGGAGAAAGUUGAUCAACUUAAUAAAUAUCAGGAUUUAUGUAAGGCAAUUGAUUAUCACGAGAACGAUUUGAAUGUGGUCAUACGUUUGGGUGAAGCCUUGGACCAAGCUAUUCUAGCUAAUCUUAAAAAGACAGAAAAUGACGUUGAUAAAUUAACUGAUGAGUUCAGUGAUCUAAUCGAAAAUUGUAAUGACACUAGAAUUACAAUGAAUCUCCAACAAAUGACCUCGCGUUUCCAAUCCGUGCAUUCCACGGCUAAAGAACUCGUAAAGAAAUGUCAGCAGGCAGUAAAUGAUCACACCGCAUACCAGGAUAAGUAUAACCAAUGCACCGAUUGGAUUAAGACCGCUCAAUUGAAGUUUGAAGAGUGCCAGAAGAACUUGUCAAAUACUCCUGAUGGAAUCAACGCGAAACGAGAAAGUCUAAAUGAGUUACUAAGCCAACAACGAAACGCAACACUUUUAGUAAACAACACAGUUGAGCUCGGAGAAAAGUUAUAUCCUUCGACGUCACCAGAGGGAAAAGAGUUAAUAGAACAACAAUUACAAGACAUCCAACAGGCAAUAGACAACUUAUUCGAAAAUAUUAGUAAGGCUGAAAGAAACUUGGACUCCGAACUCAGUAAGUGGUCAUCGUUUGAAGACAAUUUGAAAACAGUUCAGCAGUGGCUGACACUCGCUGAAAAGAAUCUUCCUAAAGACAUUGAAUUAAAGGCAACAUUGGAUGAAAAACGUAAUCAAUUAAAUGUAUAUAGAAAUUACCUGCAAGACGCAAUUGCCCACCAACAAGACAUUACCGAUUUAGAGAGUCGAGCUCAAAACUUGCCUGAUGUUACUAAAGAUAUUUCAAAAGAAAUUAAUCAACUUAAACAAAGACAUGAAGCUAUAUUAGCAAGAGCGAAAUCAUUCGUUGAACAAUACGAAGCUAUUGUUAAUAACCAUCAACAAUAUACUAAAGCGGUCAUGGAUCUACAGGAAUGGGUAGAAGCAACGCAUAAUACUGCUCAAUUAUGGGGAGAUGUGAAUUUAGAAAGAGUGGCUUUAAGCAGUAACUGUGAAAAGUUGAAAUCCUUGCAACUUAAUUUACCGGAAGAAAAGAAUCGUAUCGACAAGAUACGUUCGUUAGGAGAGAAUGUUUUACCUGGCACUAUAAGCAGUGGACAAGCUAACAUCAGAAAUCAAAUUGACGCUUCUCACCAAGAAUGGGAGGGAUUGGUUUCUUUCAUCAAUAAAACAAUUGAAGGUUUGGAAAACAAGAUUCAGCAAUGGAAUGAAUAUGAAAAUAUGAAGGAUCAAUGUUUGGCUUGGAUUAGAAAUACGGAUAAUCAAAUACAUGCAGUUGACCUCAAAGCAACAUUAGGAGAAAAACAAGACCAAUAUAAGCAAUUCCUGGAACUUCAAGGAGAGGUUCGUGCAAAAGAACUUGAAAUUGAUAACAUUACAGAAAAAGCGCAGCAUCUUUAUACUGGAAUGCUAGGUCCGCGAGGAUCGCAAAUAUCUGACCUUACUGUAAAAUACCAAACAUUAUCUCAAAAAGUAAAAGAUUUAACCAACAGAUGGCAGCAAUAUGUAAAGACACAUCAAGAGUUCACUAGCAAUGUCGCGGAGUGUUCUCAAUGGAUCGAAGAGUUCAGAGAUAAGCUAGAUUUUUGUGCAGAUUUAAGUUCGGCCACGCAAGAUGACUUGGAAACAAAACUAGUCCUUAUUCAAAAUCUAUUGUUAUCGAAAGAUGAAGGAUUUACUAAGGUGCAAUCAUUGGUAGAGCUAGCACAGAACGUAAUGGCUAAUACCGCACCUCCUGGACACGAAGCCAUAAAUAACGCCUUGGUUACGCUACAGGAACAGUGGUCAGCGUUAUUAUCGAGAAUGAUUGAGACUAAAAAUAUAUUAAAUGACUCUGUUACAAAAUGGGCUGGAUUUUUGGAGCAAAUUCAGUUUGUCGAUAAGAGUAACGCUUGGCUUGAAAGUAUGUUGUCAGAGUUAACGCCAUUCGAAAGUUCGAUGUCAGAUAAACGAGCUCAACUUGAGAAACUUAAGGAAGUCGAGGAAAAAGCACGGUGCGAUCGUCUAGACGUUGAUACAAUGAAGGCUAAGGCUGCUGAAAUGAUCGCGAGUGGUCAACAAAAUCAAACUGCUACCAGGGCUCAAGAGGCUCUUAACAAGUUUGAUUCUCUUUAUGAUAAAAUCAAAAAACUACUUUCAGACCGUGAGGAACAAUACAAAGACCAUCGUUUAUACAAAGAGGCGCACGAUGAACUUAUUCAGUGGUUGGGUAGAGCUAGAGAAAAAGUUCCAUCCUUAAAAUCAAAACCGCUGAGUGAUAAGUUAGCCAUCGAGAAUGCCGUAACACCGUUAGAUGCGUUAAUUAAUAAGCAAGCUCAAGGAGAACUAUUAUUAGAACACUUGCAGCAUACUGGUGAAGUAGUCUUAGCUAGUACAUCGCCUGAAGGACAGACGGUAAUUAAAAAUGAAAUGAAAGCUCUUAAAGAAAGCUUCGACGACCUCUUUAACGAAAUCAAGCAACAAAAGACUCAAUUGGAAAAUACCAUAAGUCAGUGGCGAGAGUAUAAAGAUGAGUACGAAAGGCUUUCCGACUGGUUGCAACAAAAGGAAAUUCUUAUUAAAAAUCAUAAAGUAGCUCUACUUGGAACGGCAAAGGAAAAGGGAGGUCAAGUCAAUGAAGUUAAAGAAAUUGUUGAUCAGCUGCAUAAGGGCAAGGUUGAUAUCGAAAAAUUCAAUUCCUCAGCGGCCGGCCUAUUAUCUUCACAUCUCGACACGUACGUUAAUAACCAGUUACGUCAUCUCAAUUCGAGAUAUCAAGUUCUUAUCAACAUGGCUAAUGAUGUUCUGAAAAAAGUAGAAACUAACUAUGAGCAGCACCAAACGUAUGACGAUAACUAUGUAAAGACGAAGAAAUGGAUCGACGACGCUUGGGAAAUCACACGUAGCGGUAGUGAAGCUGGAAGCAAUAGUAGCAAAGAGGCCUUACAAAAACGUCUGGAACAAAUCGAAGAUCUUUUGAAGCGUCGCGAGGAAGGCCAGAAUCUCGUUCACGCUACUAUCAAUAGCGGAGAAAAAGUUUUAAGAAAUACUCGAUCAGACGGUAAGGACAAGAUAAACACGGAACUUAAAGAAUUACAAAGCGAGUGGGACCGUCUGGUGAAGAAAAUGACAACAGCAAAGGUUCAUCUUGAGACUGCCUUGCUACAAUGGGCGGAUUAUAGCUCUAGUUAUUCUCAGUUGCAGCAGUGGAUUUCCGACAGAGAGGCAAAACUACAAGAAGUAUGCGAACAAAAGGUCGCCAAGUCUAAAAAGGGGCAGGAUCGUGUAGCCGGUCUUACCACCGGUCUAAGCCUCGGUGAAAGAAAAGCAACACUCCGUCAAACAAACAAUAUUGUACAAGAUAUUGUUUCCUUUGAACCAAUGAUACAGUCUGUAACUUCCAAGGCUUCAGAGUUGAUGCAGCAAGCUCCGGCGUCUGAAAUUACUAGCAAAUACGAGACCCUGACAAAACAGGCUAAAGAUUUAUAUGAAAAACAGAAGGAGACAGUGGAACAACAUCAAGCAUUUAUUGACGCCGGUACAGACUUUGUCCAAUGGAUAAGAGCCGCCAAGGAAAGACUAGGAAAGUGUUCCGAUGCAACCGGAGAUAAAGAAUCUUUGAGCAGCAAAAUAUCACAGCUUAAAGUGUUAGAAAGUGAACUUCCCGAUGGCCAAAAGAAACUACAAAAGGCCCUCGAGCUUGGUGAAAUUUCUUGCGGUCUAGCGGACGAGGACGACCGCGAGGAGAUCGAGGAAGAAGUGGCUCUCUUACAAGAAGAGUUCGAUACCUAUGUAGAGCAAUUAAACAACACGAAGGCCCUAAUAGAGGGAGGUAUCGUCAAGUGGACAGAAUACGAAGAACAAUACAAGGAAGCCUUGGACUGGUUGUCGAAGACUGAGAAACUCGUACAAUCUUUCAACAAGCUGCAGAACAACUUAGAACAAAAGAAAGUCGUUCUUGAAGAGUUCCAGGGUCACCUUCAAACACUAUUCGACUGGCAAGCGGAGUUGGACAAACUGAACAUGAGAGCGCAGACUCUGCUGGAGACGUGCGCUGACACGAGGAUCUCUAAUGGAAUCACUCAGCUCACCACCAAGUACAACGCCUUGCUCUCACUUGCGAAGGAGGUGAUGAAGAGACUAGAGCUGCAUUACCAGGAACAUCAACAACAUAACGCUCUGUAUGGUGAAUGUCAAGACUGGUUAGACAGGACUCGAGAGAAGCUCAACCAGUGCGCCGAUAUACCCAACAAUCUCCAAGAAGUCAACAAUAAGCUGAACACGAUCAAACUUCUGCGCCAAUCAUUGGAGCAGGGCCAGAACAAGCUGAGGUAUCUUCUAGAACUGAAGGAGAAGGUGAUAAUGAACACUGAGCAAGCUGGCGCCGCCAAGAUCCAAGAAGAUACGGAUAAUUUGAAACAAGAAUUCGAUAAACUGAUCGCUGAUCUGCAAGAUGUGAGGAACAAGUUGACCAGCAGAGCUUCGCAGUUUGAUGAUAUUUCCAAAAUUCACAAACUCCUCGUCGAAUGGCUUGACGAUAUUGAUCAGAAAAUCCAAUCAGAUGACUCUCUUCUCAAUGACCUGUCAGAAAAGAAGGCCAAAUUAGAAAAGUUUAGGACCUUCAAUCGAGACAUUGACUCGCACAAAGAUUUGGUCAACAAACUCAAUGAAAAGCUUCAAGAAGAUGUUUCACUUAAAUCCAAAGAUAUUGAAGAUAGUCUGCAUAGAUAUGGAGAUAUAAAGAAGACUGUUAGUGAAGUGAUUGGCAAACUGGAAGACUACGUAAAUACGCACAUACAAUACAAGGAAUCUUACGACAAUUUCUAUGAUUGGAUACGUAACUGCAAAAUUGAAAUACAACAGUGCUCCGAUUCACACGGAGAGAAGAAAGAAGUACAGGAAAAACUUAAGAAUGUCAACAAAAUUAUCAAAUCUCUGCCCAAAGGAGAGGCCUUACUCAAAAAAGCUAUUCAACUUAGUGAAGCUGUGUUAGAGACAACGGGCAAUGAAGGUAAAGACAAUAUAAAUCAAGAAAUAAAGCAAUUAAAGAUCGAAUGGGAGAAUUUACAACAUAUAUGCAAAGAUACGAAGAAGCUUCUGGAGAAAUGUCUCUCCGCUUGGUCAGACUUCUUGGAAACAUCAGAGAAGAUGACCACCUGGGUGAAAGACUUCGGUGGUAAAUUGACCUCUGUUCAAAAGGUCGAUAAAAUCACACCCGAAUAUUUGGAUAAGUGUCGCGAUUUACUCGCUCAAGCGCUGGCUAACAAACACGUAUUAGAAGAACUGAACGACAGAUGUGAAAAUCUCAUGGAGCUCAGCGCUUGCGCUUGGGUUCGAGAUAAGACAGUCAAUCUGCAAACCGAAUACACUUCUCUACUUACCAAGAUUCAGAGCCUAGUUUCUAAUGGCGAAAAGAAUUUAUCCGAUCACACUGAAUUUAUCAAAGCUAAGAAUGAACUGCAACAAUGGUUGGAAACGGCUCACGGCACCGUGCAGGAUUCUAUUGGAGUCGGCGAUAUUGAAACUACUAAAGAUAAACUGGAAACAGUCAAGCUGGUCAGUAACAGAAUGACAGAGGGCCACCAUCUCUUGGUGGUUUUGCAGGAAGCGUUUAAAAAAGCACUCAAUAAUACGCCACCCGAGGAGCAGGACGGUUUACGUAACGACGUGCAAGUUCUACAGGAAAGCUGGGAUCAGCUGAAGAUCGACCUGAACUCUAUCACUGCUCAGCUCAAAGCAGCAAUCGGCAAAUGGGAAGACUUCGAGGAAUCAAAGAACAAGUUCAAUCAAUGGAUCAGUACCACUGAACAGAACCUCGAUAAAGUGGCGCCGACCGGCGGAGAACUGGGCGAGAUGAAGACCUUGCUCGAGAAGUACAAGCACAUCGAGGACGAAAUCGACAACAAGAAACCAGAACUGGACAGACUCAAAGAGGAGGCGGCCGAACUCAGCGGAUGGGCGAAGAAACCCGCGGUCAAGGAAUCCGUCACCGAAAUAGAGAAGAAGUGUAACGCUCUAAGAGCCAAGUGCGCCGCGAAGAAAGUGGAGCUGGAGAACGAAAUCAAGGACUACAACCAGUACCACCAGUCGCUGCAGGACACGGAGAAGUGGCUCCUGCAGGUGUCGUUCCAGCUGAUGGCGCACAACUCGCUGUACAUCGCCAACAGGGAGCAGACGGAGGAGCAGCUGGCCCAGCACGCGGUGCUGCUCGACGAUAUACAGAAGUAUCGCACCACACUCGACGACCUGGAAGGCAAAGGUCGCGCACAGAUCGAGCGCUACGAAGCGACCACUCCCGCGAUACGCGAUACCGUCGGCAAGCAACUGAAGAACGUCAACGACAGCCACAAGAGCUUGUUGGCGACCGCGCUUCAGAUCGAGAGACGACUGAGGGAAGGUCUCGCCAAGUUCAAGGAGUACGAGGAUACGUUGGAGAGCAUCCUGAACAACCUGGACGAGUGCGAGCCCGCCAUCACCGAGCUGGAUGUGCCCGUCGAUGGUCUCACGCACGGACGAGAUCUGCUCGACAAAGCCAGGGGUCUGCACAAUCGUCUGCAGACGGAGAAGGCGCGUCUAUCAGCUGCAGUGGCAGCGUGCAGUGCGGCCGCAGCCUCCGUAUCUCGGCCAGCCUCUCCCGCUGACAGCGCGCCACUGCCCGUGCCCCCGCGAGAGCUGCACGUGCGCGCUCGACUCGAAGACCUCAUUGACCAGCAACAUAUGAGUGAGGUGACCGCGCCGAGGGUCGAUGUCUUGCUUAAGAGCCUCGAAUCACCAGAGUUCAGCGAGAAAAUGAACUUGUUGCAAAUGAAGGUACAAAGUCAUCUGGAAACUUUGGGAGAUGCGGUCCAUGGUAUGGAAGAAGCUAUGAAGCAAGUACUCGAGAUCCAGGACUGGAUUAACACACACAAGGCCCUCGCCCACGACUGGUUGUCCAACCCUUCAAAACUGCGGCCUGAAGCGGCCAAGAAUGAUAUGGCCGCUAUGAGCGACGCCUUGGCAUCACUCGCAGAAAAGAGAAACAGAUUGCUCACUGAAAUACCCACGGAAGGUUUAGAAGAUGAAAUCAACCUUGAAGAAGAACUGGACAACCUUGAAAAGACGAUUCUCCAAGCAAUUGAGAGAGAAAAGUCCAACCAAGGUAUAAUCGAUGACUUCCGUCACAAAUGUCAAGAGAUCCACGAUUGGUUCGAUGCUGUACUUAAGAAGAUGUGCCUCGCUGACAAAGGAUCUGGUCUCCCAUGUCCUCAGAAGCUCAGCGCUUUGAAAGAAUUGUCCAAUGAGUUUGGACAAGCGGGCAAAGAUAAAGUUGACAACAUCAAGGGUGUAGGCUCACAAGUUAUAAACAUUGUGAGUAACUUGGAGUCACAGCAAGUGGAAGAACAAAUGAAGUCAGUAGAGAGGAGAUACAAUGACAUAGCUAAACGAAUCCAACGCAAACUUCAGAUGCUCGAAAUCACCUACAAAGCCAUUGACGGUACAAAGAGUGAGGUCAACGCUCAAAAUGAGUGGCUUCAAAAAGAAAUUGAUAAUGUUCUUCAUCCGGAGCCACUCGGCUACGAAAGUAAAUCAGUAAAAGAAAGACAAAAGAAGAUUGCCAAUCUUCUAAAAGAAACCGAUGGCAAGAAAACAGUGAUUGAUUCUUUAGAGAAGAAGGUCAGCAACAUACAAUCUGAACUUGAACCAUCUGAACAAAUGCAAUUGGAAUCUGAAUUAUCCGAAUUGGCUUCGAAACAGAAACAACUUGCCUCACUAAUAAAACAAGAAAUCGAAAGAUUGAGUGGAUGCGGUGAAAUCAGAAAGAAGUUAGAAAAUGACAUUGAAAAGGCAAAGAAUUGGCUUAAAUCUAAAUUAGCUGAUAUCAAAAAGCUUGGUGGUCCAGUACCAUUAGAAGUUGGAAAGGUAGAAAAAGAAAUUGCCGUUCACAAGAAACAUCAAAGUGAAUUGUCAGAUUUCCACAAUGAUACUCUUUCUGAGGUUAUUCGCCAAGGAAAUGCUGUGUCGAAAGACUGUUCCCCUGAAGAUCGUACGAAACUGCAAGCUAUCUUAGAAGGACUAAACAAACAAUAUACAUCGGCUAAAGUAGACAUUGAUAAAAAGCUUGCAGCAUUGAAUAAACUUUUGCAAGGCAGAAAUGAAUUCGAAAGUGAUGUAGCGAAAUGUCAGAGUUGGCUAAACGAGGCAGAAGUUGCCGCCACUCCCGAACUUCGUACAACCAGUCUGCAACUCUUAGAAGAACAGCUUGCUAAGUUUGAAAAGCUUAGCAAAGAAGCUGAAGACGUGGAGAAAAAUAUUACCAAAAUCAAGGAUAAAUCUAAGGAUAUUAUGGAAACAUUAUCAGACUCAAAUAAAUUACAACUUAAAGAACAAGUAAACGUCCUCUCUGAUAAAUUCGCUAGAAUCAACGCUAUCAUAAAUGACAAGAAGAACAUUCUAGUUAAGCACAUCAAGGAAUACAAAGACGCAGCAGCCAAGAUCGCUGCAGCUCUGGAAUUCUUGAACGAAAUUCAAAACAAACUUAAAGCUCUUAACAAACCCAUUGGCAGCAAAGUUGAGGAUGUCCAACCCGUUAUCCAGGCUUACGAAUCCAUUCUCGCUGACCUGAAAAAGAAUAAAGCUAUGCUUAAUGAAUUACAAGGAGGAAACCUUCACGACCUUCAAGAUAUUCUAACGCAACAGGAUGACCUGGUCACUACGAUCGAAGAUCAAAUCUCUAGACUUAAACAACUUCUGCUUCUACGUGAACAGUUCUUUGCCCUUGUAAAAGAAAUUGAGGAAUUCAUCACUAAGUACACCGAUGUGACAGCCGAAAUCGAAAGGUCUAACGAUACUCUGGAAGACAAAAUUAAACGUUACGAUGAUAUUAUUGUAAAGAUUCAAGGGUGCGAAGCUCUGCUAGCUACUGCCACAGACAAAGGUCAGCAGAUUGCAGCUGAAGGUACUGUAAUUGAUAGAAACAACAUCACUGAACUUUUGCAGUCACUAAAGCAACAACUCUUAACAUUACGAAGACUUGUAGAAUCAAAGAGACAGGAACACGAGAGGGCUGCUGCCGAGCAUAAGAAACUUGCAGCAGAUCUGUCUGAAAUUUUACAAUGGCUGCACGACAACGAAGCUGUGGUACAUUCACGUCCGCUUCUGAACAGAGACGUCGCUAGUGUUGAUAAGAAGCUAGUCGAGCACGCUGCCUUAGCAAAGAACGUACAAACUUAUUUGGAUAAAUUUACAAAGAUCUCGGACAUUAUAAAGAAUGACGAUGGCGUGCCGGGAUCCCUCCUCGAAAUGGUAUCAGAGGGCAACUCCUUAAAGACAUCUCUUCCUGAGGAAUUAGCAAACAGGGAGAAACAUCUCAAAGACAACAAGAAAUACAGACAGCAGUACAUACAAAUGGUCGAGAAAUUAAAUAUUUGGGUAAACGAAGCCGGAAUAAGAUUGGACAUGGGCAAAAACGGCACGGACUUUGAGAAUAUCGAAUCCGACCUGGAAGAGCAUAAAUCUUUCUUUAACACAUCGGAACCAGAAAUGAAAGAUCUGGUCGGAAAGAAGAUGCAAGAUAUCGUCGACAAGAUCUGGCCAUCACUGACUGCUUCCGAGCAAGAGGAAUUAUCGAAGGACCAUCAGAAGCACAACCAACUGCUUAAGAACACGUUGAACUCGGCCAAGUCGCGGCAGGCUCAGCUGGAACAGGAUUUGGAGAUCUGGAAGGACUUCUGCCAGCUGGUGGAGAAGAUCAAGUCUAUUCUGGACAAGAACGACAUCGAAGACGAGCCGAUCACCACUGUGGAUGCCCUGCGUUUAUACCUGGAGAAGCUCAACCAUGCCAAGAACGAUCUAGAGAACCAGCAGCCACUGCUGGAGGUGGUGCGCGAGAGGGCGCGCGAGCUGAGCGGCGGCGCGGACGCGGCCAGCGGCGAGCGGGUCGACCACAAGACCAGGGACCUCGCCGACCGGUGGAAUCUCGCCUGCGAAGGUUUAGCGAAGCGUGCAGCAACAGCAGACAGUCAGCUGCAGCGCUGGACGCAGCUGCUGGACACUCAGAGGAGUCUCGCUGCAGCUGUUACCGCGGCUUCAGACCGCCUGCGACAGCUGGACGCUAGCCCCAGCACCCGUCGACGCGCGCUCGACACCCGACAUGCUUUGCAGGAGCUGCAAGCGGACGUAUCAAGUCUUGAAGAGAGUCGUGACGAUCUCCUGGAGCACGCAGACUUUGUGCUGAACAUCCUCAGACCGCACUCGAAGCAGGCCGCAGAAGACACUGAGAAAUCUGUCAAGGAGACCGCGGAAGCUUAUGAGAAAUUGCGACAGACUCUAGCGGCGAGGCUCGCGGAGAUCGACGACAUUGUUUCCGAAUUCGACCGCGUGGCGGAGAAUAUCGAGAAGCUCCGGCAGCUGAUCGAGGUUUUCAUAGCCAAAGUUGGAACUUUCUACGUUUUCGGGGAGAACGACGAGGAAGGCGUCCGCGAACUAGCCACCGAAGUUUCGGAGUUAGUCCAGCGCACGAAGAACUUCACGGAGGAGAGCCGCAAGAGAUACGGUGGCUCCGCCCCGGCGGACAUCGCGCAAGAACUGUCCGCUUUAGAACUAUCGGCGGAAGGCUUGGCGGCAGCCAUGGAGGAGAAGGAGAGGGAGUGGAAGCGCGCUCGCACUGCUCGCAGCGAAUACGCGACCGAUGUGGAGAGCGUGCAGGCGUGGGUGCGCGCGGCCGAGCUCACCGCGAGAGACAGGACACUGCCGCCGGCGCCGUACCGGGAGCGGCUAGUAGCCACCAGGGCAGAGGUGCCCGGCGUGGCCGACCGCCUCGAGCGCCUGACGCGUAACGCGCGCGCCAUCGUCGAGGGCAGCCGCGACGCCGGGGAGCGGCAGCUGGUACAGUCGACAGUGAUGGCGCUGUCGGAUCAGUUCUCGGCCGUGUGCAGCGAGCUCGAAGCCCGCCAGGCGGCUGUUGAGGACGCUUGCGACGCCGUGUCUAGAUUCCUUGCGUUGUUAGAGAAAGUCCUACUUUGGGUUGAGACACAGCGUGCAUUCCUAGCGCGGCCGCUCCCGUUGGCCGAUUUGCAGGAGGCGCAGCAGAAACAGACUGAAUAUGGGAAUGCUCUUAAAAGCUGCAAGCAGCAAGCUAAGAAUCUCGCAGAUAUGACUAAGGAAAUAGAGGCUAUCGAGCGUGUUACAAGUCCCGGUGACUUACCUUCUAGACUAGAAGCAGCAGAAAAUGCCACAGUUGAUGUCGAGAAGAAAUUGGCGAAGACGAACGGCUUACUACAAGAACUGGCUGAAGAAUGGGAGAGAUGCGAAAAGAAGUUGAAAGACGUCGGCCACUGGGUCGAGGCCACGACGCGAACCAUUGAGACACCUCAAAAUGCAAAGAAACCACUCAGAGACAGGCUCGCUCUGAGAGAAAAACUCAUAAACGAUAUAUCAACUCAAAAAACUAAAAUUUCUUAUGCCGUUGAAAAACUUAAUGUACACUUUGGUCCGGACGGCGUGGCGGCGCAGUCGCGCUCCCCCGAAGGCGUGCAGAGAGCGGCCAGCGAGCUGUGCUCUGCGCUGGACGCACUCGGCGAGCAGACGGGCGCCCAGGCGCGUCAGCUCACCGCCGCGCUCCAACAGCUCGAGGCGUACUGCGCAGAGCUCGGUCAGCUCCGCGCCCAGCUGCUGGACGCCGAGCAGCAGCUGCGCCAAGCCGCGCAGCCCAACUACAGCCCUCGCGACCCCGAGCGUGCCAACAGACAGCAACAGGAGGUCGCACGGCGUAUCGAAGAGCUGACUCGAUGUAUCUUCGAGUUGGACCCGUUCGUGGGCGGCGGCGACGAGGCCGGGACUUUGAGCCUGCUGCUAGAAGCGGGUGAACGCGCGCGGGCCGAGCGCCAGCCGCGCUCCUCUCAAGUCUUAUCCGCCCCGCGCGCCACGGCCGCACACCGCACGCCGCGAGUCACUCCUGCCCCGCUGUCGACGACUUACGCCGAGAUAGUGAAAGGCUUCAGCUCCCGCUCGAGCUCGGUUGGCUCCCGGCAACCUAGUGCACAGAGAGUGCCCCUCGAGUCCCCUAACACUCCCGCCGAAGAGGAAUACAUCACAAGUAAAAUAUGUGCCCCAGUGUGUCUCGGCAGUGAUGUGGCCGACGAGCCCAGUGAUCAAUACAGUGAGACUGUUGACGCAAGUGAAAGUGACGCGUAUAUGUCUGAAUCUAAUGUUUAUAUCCAACCGGAGGAGAAACAAUGGAGUUCCCAAGUAACGAUGGAAAAUCAGGACUAUCAAGAACAACAUAUUUCCGAAAGCGAAGUAUCUGAACAGAUCGUGCAAGCUCCAAUUCAUGCGGAAUUACGUCCGCCUGAACAUCACGAUAGGUCACUUAGUCCCGCAACGAAGUUGCGAUCACAAGAUUUAUCUUAUGCAGAAAUUCUUGCAUUAGGUCUUCGGAAACAGGCAAAGGCCCAAAACAUUGUAACAUUACCUGAGCCACAAGUGGCGCAGGUGGAAAUGGUCAAAGAAAUAAUUGUAGAGGUGGAAAAAGCUCCCCCUAUCAUAGAAUAUGAACCCAGAGUUCAUUCAACAGAAUCGUUGCGAGUUAAAACGGACAGGUUUGAAAGACCGGUGCAGCGUAGUCGCUCUAGAGAUAUGCCAAGACAGAGACGUGCUCCUGAAAAACGGUCUACUAAAUCUCACGAUACCCAAAUUAUUAAAAAGAAAAAACUUUCAAGAAGAGUUAUUGAAGUUGAGGACUUUGAUGACACUCCUGAGCAACAGAUGUUAGAUUCAGCUCCUCCUUGCAGCAACUUACAUUCAUCUAUUCAAACAAAUGAUAAACCAAUUACAGAAACUAGCUGUAAGGACUCGAUUAAAAAAGUGCAACAUAGUGCAACUGUGGUCGAAACUGUAAGUGUGGAAAGUUUACAAGAUUUUACUAAAACUGAAAACGAUCAGAAGAAACCUAAAAAGAAAAAUAAACACAAAAAGUCAAAAGACACACAAGAUGACGAAAUUGAGAAAGCCCUUAAAGAAAUUGAAGAAUCAGAUAAACAGAAAAAAAGGAAAAUUAAAGAUAGUCGUGACAAAACUAAAGAAAUAAUAACUAAGGGUACAGAAUCAGAUGAAGCGAUAGAUAAAAACGAUGUUAAAAUGAAACAAUCAGACUUAAAACAUGAUUACAAAGAAGGAUCUAAUAAACAAAAGAAAAAGAAAACUAGUACUAGGGAAUUACAUGCAUGUCAAAUAACUGAUCUAUCUUCUGUUGUCGUUCCACAACAAAGGACAAAUAAGGAAACAAUUACAGAAAAUAUGAACGUAGAAAUGGAAAAAGCCACUUUUAGUAAGAAAGAUGAUCCUAAAUCCGCUGAUGAAACGAUUAUAGAAGAAAGUAAGUUUGAUGAACCUGAUGAGGUUAGUAAACAAACGAACCUUAAAGAUGAAGACAAACACCAUAUAAUCCAUGACUUGAUUCGUAACGAAAAAGAAUCCAAACUUACUGCGGAUAUUUUAUGUGUGACAAAAGAUAAUGUCGAAAACAUUAAUCUUUCUACAGAGCCAGAAUUAGAAGUAACAUCCAAGCAAAAGCGGAAAAAGAAAAGUAAAAAGCAAGGAAAAACUAUCGAAGAGACACCUGUCGAUCAAACUAUAACAGCAGCUAUUGAAAAAAUAGUAGAAGAAAAUAUACAACCCAUUGCCACUACAGUUCAAGAAACAUCCAAUACUCAAUGGAAGUCUGAAAAAUCUAAACAAAUGGAAAAAAUAAAUGAAAAAGCUAAUGUUCGUGAUGCUACUAUACCACGGGAUAACAUUUUGGAUGUAACAGAUUCUAAUAAGAAACAAAAAUCAAAGAAACAAAAAUCCAAUGAAAUUAAAGAACCUUCAAUACUGCACACUAUACCUAACCCUUUAAAAACAAAUGCUGAAGAGAAAAAAGAUUUUGAAACCUGUGGUGAAGUAGAAAUAACUGAAGCAAAAGCGCACAAAAAGAAAUCUAAAUGUAAGAAACCUAAAAUUGUUGAUGACGAAAUAGAACACGCUUUGCGUGAGAUUGAUCAACCAAUUAGUACUAAAAAGAAAUCAAUCGAAAAGUCCGUAAAGACAAACAACAUUAACCAAGAAUUGGGGCAAGAAGUAAGCAAUAAAGAAACUCUUAAAAUAAAUAUGGACGAUGAUGAAAACUCGAAACUAAGAGUUUCUAAUAUAAUUUCAAGUAAACAGGAAGUCAAGAGUAGCCCUGUAACUGUGGAUUGGAAUACUUUAAUGGCUGAAGAGGAAAACAUUCCUGAAUCAGAAUUAGCACCCAUUACUCAACCUAGUAUUGAGACUGAUUUGUCUCUGGAAAGUGAACAAAUAGCGACUGAAGUUACUAUACUUCCAGAAAUUAUUGAUUUAACAAAUAUAGGAGCCGAAGGAAAAGAUUGUUUGGAUAAGGAAAAAUCUGAAACAACUCAAAACACUAUCGACCUUCAGAGUAUUUCUAAUGAGCAGAAUAAUAAUAAAACUUUAAGAGCUGAUAAUCUGAAAGAUAGUGCGUUCAAUAUAGUAGAGGAAAUAACUCGAUACGAACCUAUUAUACAAGACAUGGAAACACGCACUAUUUACCUAAUAACUCAUGAAGAGAAAAAAUUACCACCAAUAAGAACCGUGAAAGUUUUUAAUUCCAAGAUAAAUUCUUUGAGUGGUGAUUCUCAAGAUAAAAAUGACUCUGAAAUCAAUAUUGAAUCUACAACUUCACAAGAAAAUGACGAUAAUAUCUUUGACGAACCAAUAACUUCGUCUGUGUUAGUCACAGAUUCUUCAUCGCAGGAUUUGAAUAUGGUCGGAGACAAUCAACGUAUAAACGUAAUUAUUGACGAACUACCGCUUAAUACCAAAGCGGUAUCUAAUUCCAAAGAUGGUUCUGAUGAGAUCAAAGACAUAACGCUUUCAACUGACAAUGAUUAUAAAGACAAUAUCGGCGAUGAUAAAAUCCAAACUAACAUUGAGGAAUAUGAUUGCCCUACCAUGGAAGAGUUCUCAGAAAAUAUACUUGAACAUGCUAUAUUUGGAUCAGUACAAGACCGCCAACGAGUACAAUUAAAAACGAGUACUAUUCCAUAUCAAGCAUUAGAAGAGAUAAAAACGUACUCAUUAAAUCUUGACAUUGAUAGAUUAGACUUCGACUACUAUCAACUAUUGAAUAAGCAAAGUAAUUUAUCUUCCGAAUUUGAAACUGAUCAUGAAAAUGCAGAAAUUCCAGAACACGAUAAAGAUCAAGCAGAUGGUGAAGUACUUUUAAAGUCUUCAAUAAACCUUUCUUCUUGUGAUAUAACUGAACAGUCUGCAUUUGAAGAACAGUUGCAUUAUGAUGCAAUAAAGUCUGCAGAUAAUUCAUUAAGAUCUCAUACUGAGACGUCUGAGGCUACUUAUCCUGAUGGGAAAAAAUUAAAAGAUGUAAAAACAGCACUUGGAAAUGAAUCUGUUACAGUCUCUUCUCAAGAUACGACCAAUGAAGCAGAUCUAAAAAAUCGUGCAGAAACUAUUAACAUUGGGGUACCACCAACGACAUAUUUGGAAAUUGUUCUUGAUGCACCAAGUCUUUAUACAACGACAUCGAGCUUAGAAAAUAUACAGAAAUUUACAGAUGACAAUUUUACUUCGGAAUUGGAUUAUAAGGAAAUACAAUCCAAUGAACCUGGAAAUAAGGAAUUAGAAAAAGAUGUCUUAAAAUAUGAAAAUGAAAUAAAAGUGCUGGAGGAUGAAAUGCCACGUUAUAAUUAUCAUGAAAUAGCUGAUUCCGAAAAAAUCUUAGGUAUUGUUUAUCCUAAAGAGACAUUACCAAUACCUGAAUCAAGUACAAAUGUAGACAAAAAAGAACCUGAAAUACACGAAACAAAUGUUCUUGACGAAGGAACUAAUCAAUCAAACACUUUUACUGGGACAGUACUCAAAGAGGAAAUGUUACCAGAAUUAGUUAUGCAAAGUCAUGACACCGAUGAAGCAAAUUCCACUUACUUAUCACUGAAAAGAUUUAGUGAAAAUUUUUCGCUUCACUAUAUUUACCAUUAUAUUGCUGACGCUGAAAAGAUCUAUCCUCGUCUUGUAGACACCAUUGAGAAAGAACAGGGAGACAGUUCAUCUAGUAAAGGAAACAUUGAAACAAUUCAAAACAACCAGGUUUUAAACGACGUUGACACAGUCGAGGAAACCAAGACAGUUGCAGAAGCAGGCAAAAUAAAUGAAACUGUAAACCCACUAGAUUCGAACGAUAAAGAAAACUUAAAGCUACAGAGCCAAUGCUUAUUAGGCAGUAAGUCAAAUUAUAUUGAUGUAAUAUAUUUUGAAAAGCCCAAAUAUGACUAUCAUGAACUGUCAAAAGGUGAGACACUAUUGGCUUCUGUUUUAUCAAUAGAAAAUGCCAAAGUCGAGCGAAUCACGGAUGAAUUGCAACAUGAUCAAAUGAAUAUUCCAACAGACGAGCAACUUCCUGUGUUGAUUGAGAAUGAUAAUAAUGAAGAGGAAAUAAAUUUGCAAGAUAUAAAUACCGUUGACAACAAAGAAAAAACGACAAACAAAAUAUUAGUGCAAAAUUAUCAAGAAAUUCGUGACGCAGAGAACAGAAACGCGAUAAAUCUAAGCAAAUCUAGUGCUGACAUGGAACCAACCCUUCUUGUGGAAGAUACAUUAGAUCUAGUUCAGAAACCUGAAAAUAAUGAUUUGAUUACUGAACCACCACAUCAUAAUGUAAUUGAAAAAACUGUAAAGCAAAAUUUCGAAGAAUCUCCCAAACAAAAAGAAAUAAAGUUUACGGAAAACGUCGUCAAGGAUUCCCCAAUAUUACAAAGGCAAGAGUCACAAUCAGUUUUUUACGAACCAAUUAGAUACAAUUAUAGUGACUUACUGGAAGCUGAACGUGUAUUUGCUCGAAACGCUACGUUUAUGCUUUCUAAUAACGAUAACUCGUUAGAUUCCGUUUUUGAUUAUGACACCAUUGAAAAACCACUAGAAAAAAGUGAUGAUCGAUUCCUUAAUCAGAAAUUCGAUGACAAAAAUGAAAACAAAUUUAUUAUUGAAUCGAAGACAGAAGUUUUUAAAGAUAUCAUCGAUAAUAUUAAAAAUGAACAAAUAAAAACACUUGAGACACGGGAAUUUAAUACCCUUGUGCCCGCAGUAUUUGGUGAUGUAGAAAUGACCGCUACCUCUAUUUUCGAAAGAGAAGCGAAUAAGAAACAAGAACAGGGCGAAGCGGAAAAGCAAGAAGUUAAAAAACAAAACAAAGAAUACACUGACCAAGAUAAAACUGAACAAGUUGAAACACCACUGAAGGAGAGUAUAGUAGAAGAUUUUGUCGUGGUAGAUAAUUUACAUCUUAAUUUACCUGAUUCAGAAAUAUCUGUAGAAAAAACUGAAGAUUCAGUUCAGGAAUCAAAUCCAAAUCUUGGCGAUGAUCUUGAUUUCGAACACUCGUUCGAAGUUAUUGAUCUUGAAAAGGAUGUGUCAUUAGAAGUACAGGAACCCACAGAAAUUAAUAGUAACUUGGAACAGUUUUUAAUGGUCGAAGGACAAUCUACAACUCCAACUGUAGACAUUGGUCCUGUUUCUAAAGAAGAUGUAGAUGUUUCCUCUUCGGCGGAACUUGUAACGGAACCUAAAAAAGAUGAAAUCCUUAAUAGAGAAGGAAUAUUAGAAAUAUCAAAAUAUGAAAUCGUGCCUCAAACUAUCUCGGCGAAAUUUAUCGAUGCGGAAAUUGUUCAUUCCGUAUGUUCCCCAACCUUAAGUACUGAUACGCAACAACAGGUUAGCAACGUUAUGAGUACGGAACCCGAUAAAGUAAUCGAUAGGUCUAUAGAUCACGAAAUAGAUUCAGAACAAGCUUCUCAAUCAAAAAUAGAAAUUAGUAAUCGGCCUGAAAAAUCUCCCAUUCAUAAUUUACAUGAUCUACUUCCAGAAAUCGAUUCCAUACCUGAAUUUAAACCAUCCUUUUCGAAUACAGUUCUUAACUCAAAGCUUUCAGCUGAUGCCCCUGAAUUUACACCUUCCUAUUUAUACAAAGCAACUGACCAUACGACAUCUGAUGGUAAACAAAUAGACACGCAGACAUUCAAUUUCGAUGAACAAAUAACUUUACAAACGGAUCAGCAUCAAACUAACGUUACACCCAUAACAUACUCUUCAAUUUUAUCAUCUAUGAAAGAACAAGAAAUCUGUGACAAUAAUACUAAGCAAAAGGAAAGUGAACUAUUGAGUGAUGUUAAAAAGAGUGAGGUAUCCACUGAAGAUAAGUUGGAGCCAAAAUCAAAACGUAACAAAAAACAAAAGCAAAAAGACAAUAAAAAAGAAAAAUCUCCCUUAAAAGAGGAGACAUCAGCAAUUGUUACAUCCAUCGACGAAGUUUCUUCUGUGCACAUUUCUGAGGAACACAAACAAAAACCUGUCUCGGAUCAGAUAGAAAACAUUUGGACAAAAUUAACAGAUGAUGGUAAAUCUUAUGCUGAAGUUUUAGCUGAAGGUUUGGUAGAACAAGAAAUUUCACCAGUCCAAAUUAUCGAAAACCAAGAAGUACAAUACACACCUGAAUCUAUUUUAGAAGAAAAAACAGAAUCUUCUGAUAUUGAACCACUUCGAUGCAAAGAAAGUGACGACAAUCAAGAAUGUCAUGACUCAUGGGCGAAAAUAGUCGCUUCGAAUCGACCAUCGCCUGAAAGAGUUCAAAAACUUGUAUCACCGAAUGAACCUAUACAAUCAAAGUCAAAAGCUCCCAUUAUUUUAGUGGACGAAUCUGAUUCGGAACAUAAUAAACCAGACUUAGACAUUGAUGCUGAAGGAUUUAUUAAAGUUGAUAGGAAUAGACGUUCGAGAUCUAAGUCUAGGGAUGGCCGUUCCACUUCAGUUAACAGGAUGUUGCGACAAAGUGAUGGCCGAGAAAAAUCUGAAAAUAGGUUAAAUGCUCUUACAAGCACUUUGAAACCUGAUGAUGGUGAAUCAAUGCAAAGUAGUCAUUCUGACGAAGAAAAAGAAGCGAUAAAGAAAGGAAGAAAGACCCGCUCAACAAAAUCUAAAGAAAAAGAUGUAAAACCAAAAGUAGCCCAGAUUGCACCCAGUACUUCAGAUGAAGAAAAACAGCCUAUAAAGAAGGAUAAAAAGAAGAGAUCUUCAAAAUCAAAGGAAAAGGUAACUAAACCGGCAGAAGUAGCCGAGCCUUCCGAGUCGUUACAGGAAAUUAUGGAAGUAGAGCCAAUAAUCGCUCAGCAAAAAGAAGACCCCUCAACUCAGUCUCCUCAGGUACCGACUUCAGAAAGUAAAAAGAAAUCCAAAAAGAAAAAGAAGGAUAAGAAAACUUUAAAAGACACGACUGAAACACCAUCUUCAGUUGAAAUUACUUCUUCGGAACUAGAAACUUCAGAACAAAAAUUUUCUGUACCAUUAAAAUCCAUUGAAACUCCAAUUUCAACACCAGAAUCAAUAGAAACUCCUAUAAAAGACAGAUUUUUUGCUGAAGCCCAAUACUGGAAAGUAGAUCCUAGCGCCGUAGAUGAUCUCACUAGUAAACCCGAAUUUCUUACGGUCAAACUUGACUAUGAUGAAAACGAUAAACAAAAAAAUAUUGUAAUCGAAGUAAAACAAGUCCCAGAAAGUGACACGAUUGUUGAAGCAACAAACAUCAACUAUGAAAAAUUAGAAAACGAGCCCAUUUCAAAAGAAAAUAAUAUGAGCGCUUUUAGUCCAGACGAUUUACCGAAAACAAUUGAAGCACAAAGAAUAUCCGAUGAACUAUCGUUGGAAAAUAAAAUGGCUGAUUUACAAAGAGAAAUAGAAGAAAUGUUACUUCCUGAAAACGAUGCCUCUUUAGCAAGUGAUAUAACACCUAAAGAACUAACAGAUAUGCAAACUUCAUUAGAUGACCAACAAGAGGAAAUACUCGAAAACAUAACCCCAUCGUUAGCAUCGCCUGAACCUGAAGAUACUUUGUCAGAAAGUCAGAUUCCUCAAAAGGAAGUAAUUCUGACUACGGAAAACGAAGUAAAAUCCGUUCAAGCUAAAAAGACCCUAGAUGAGAAUUUGAUCAAAGAUAUUAAAGUCAACAUUCAUGAGCCUUCUGAGAUCGACUCACUAGUUUUAGCCGAAGCGUCUGUACUAAUUCCAAAUGAGGGUGAUGUUGAAGGUGUAAAUUCUAUAGCAACUAACACCUCAUUUACACCAUCUUCUAAUAAUCUCAUAGAUUUACAACAAGACCAUUUUUGGAAAGAAAAGUGUUUAGUAGACGAUGCGGAGAAACUGCUUGUUGAACAAAUUAUACCUAAAUUAGAUAAUUUUGCUUCCUCUCAACAAAAAUCUGACUCCAAUUUAGAACAAAUCGUUAAGAAACAAACGCUCUCAACCGAUUCCGAUAUUCUAUCUAAUGUGUUUAUAGAAGUGCCUUUUUGGCCGGAAAAGCAUUUAUAUCAUGAUGCCGAAUGCGAAUAUUUCUUACAAAUAGCAAAGAAACAGAAAAAUCAUCUUAAUAUAAAUACCGAAGUUAAAAAUACGGACAAAAAAGAUAAAGAUAAAGAUCCCAGCGGUGGUUCGGGUCACUCUUCAGAAUCUGACGAACCACGCGAAUCCAGCGGUUCUCCGUUCGAUUCCAACUAUUUAUCAAUGGAUCUUCCAGGCGGUAUUUGCAGCUGGAAAGAUCAUAGUUCUUAUUUGAGUUUGGAAACACCUUCUGAUUCACUUACAGGCUUAAUAAGUGAGGAUAUAUCUAAAUUAGGUACCGACAUCCCAGAGGAUAAACUAACAACCCUAUUCCUAGCGCCAGUUGCCCCUCUCCCCCCCGAGCAGGAGUCGCCGCAGCAGGAAGAUGAGAACCGGAUCACAGCCAAGGGUGACUUAUCUAACAAUCUUGAGACACUCCUCGAGGAAGUGAGGAUCGUGCAAGCUCAGCUUUCAGACCUGCCAAAUGAAACACUCGAUGCGAUGGAAGCGGGCCUUAAGGAAGGUAUAGCAGUUCUAAUCAAGUGCGAAGAAGCAGCAAUUCUUCUAGAACAGAAGAUAAUGGAGUAUGGUCAUGAAUCAGAAGUUCAGACAUUACUCAAAGAACUCAUCGUGAUAAAAACAAGAAUCAGCAAGUUGUUAGAGCAAGCGCGCCAUGGUCUUCACACCAUCAAGGUAAGAAAGGAUGCUAAAAUUGAAAUUGAAAAUCAAUCGAAGCAAAUUGAAGAACAGAAAGAAAAGAUUGCCAAGUUGGACCACUGGCUCGAUACAAUAAAUACCGAGCUCAAUGUAUCCACGAAACAAAGUGAAGUACUCACCGAAGAAGAUAUAAUUAGAUAUAUAGAAAUUUAUGAACGUUACAUCAGACAAUACGAGGAAUAUGAAAUUAUUCUAAGGUCCAUAACUGUGAUAAGUGUUGAUGAAUCUAGUCAAUCGAUGCAAAUGAAAUUGAAUGCAUUGAAGAAAACAUUGGAGGAAUCGCGAGUUCUAGUCAUUGCUGAAAUAGAGCGAUUGAGACAAAUAUUGAUAAAUAUGAAAUAUUCAGUUGAUGUAGAGGAAGAAGUUUCACAAACAGAUAGAACAAUUGAUUCCACUUCAAUGCCGGAGGAAAUUGUUUCUCAAAAGAUUAUGGAGACUGUCGAUGAAGUACCAAGUGAAUCUAUGAAGACUGUUCCUGAAGACAAUGCUCAAUUGGAAUCCGAAAAGAUGGAUGAAACAGUAGAGGAAAUUAAAUCUCCCAUAAUUGUUGAAUCUAAAAUAACUACAACAAUAGAAACUCAAACUGGAAAGAGUCUUGUUUCCGAGGCUCCGUCUCUGCACGAUAAGUCUGUUAUCUGUCAACCAGAAAUUAUAGAAACUCAGGAUGUUUCCAUAACGUGUGCGCCGCCAAAGGAGGUGGAAGUACAAACAAGCGAACAAAAAUCAGUUGACGGAGAAUUGCUUGAGAAUAUUCAAGUCAAACAAACUACUUCAGAUGGCCAUGAAACUAUUAUAAUCUCAAGUCGUCCAGUAGUUAGAGAGAAAGCAAUUGACGAAACUUCACUUUUAGUUGAUGCUGACUACGAGGGUGAUAAUGAAAAUAAAAACUCUGAACUGAACAUAACACAUAGUUUACCACAAUCUUUUGAAACCGUAAUGGUGGAACCCGAUGAAACAACCACAGAAGUGGUAGUGGAUGCUGAUGGUACAAAGAGAAUAAUCGUUAGAAAAGUGAGAAAAACAUUAGUCACAAGGCAACAAGUAUUACACAAACAGGAAUGUUCUUCGCACGUAUUAGCGGACUCUGGCGCCCGUCGAAACCAUACAUUCCAUCAAAUAACAUUGAAAGAAGAUCAAGGUUCUACUUCUCAUACUUUUGAUCAUGAUGGAAUCCAAAACAUUCAAUACCGAACGUAUGACGGUCAAGUCAUCACAGGGCUUCCUGAUAGAGAAGUUACGAUUCAAGAAUUUACAUCUAAACCAGAAAUGAUUAUCUCUAUGGGACAAGAUAUGAACCCAGACCAAAUCCUUCAAAUAGCGGAAGGAAAGAUUCAACCCGAAAUUCAAACAUCUUCAUCUAGUGUUACUGCUGUUGUUGAACAAGUCACAAAAAGAAUUAUCAGAACUAGACGUCGUAUUAUUCGUCGCGUCGUCAUUAUCGAUGGUAAAGAGCAUGUUUCUGAAGAAAUUAUUGAGGAACCCGACGAUGUUGAAGUUUCAGAAGAACAAAUACCAAGAGUAUCUAUAAAUAUCAAUGAUCAUGUUGACAAGGGUGAUGAUGAUGAUAAUAAACGACCACCUGACGAUCGUGACACGAAUAAAGACGAUAGAAAAGACAGUGAUAUCCCAGAAAAUGAAAGUAAUCAAGUUGAUUUUAGUGAUAAUGCUGCAAAAUCGAAGACUCACGAAAUACAAGAGAUGAAAGAUAAAACAGUUCCUGAACAUGAUAGCAGUAUCCAAGAACACGAAUCAAGAUCUACUCAAUUAUUGCUAUCGGGUAAUGAAGUUACGCAACUAGAGACGUCAUCAUCAAAUUUUGCUACACUUACUAAAAAAGUAACUAGAACAAUAACAAGGACAAAGAAACGAAUAAUCAAACGCAUUCAAAUAAUUGAUGGAAAAGAACAUGUGACGGAAGAAGUGAUAGAAGAACCUGCUGACGUUGAAAUAGUAGAGCUUGAGCCCGAAGAGAGUCAGCUUGAAGAGGACUCUAAAAUGAAAAGAAUGAAGAUUAUUAGGCAAGUACAAAUUAUCGACGGCAAAGAACAUGUAACAGAAAAAAUAAUUGAUGAAGAUGAUGAUACGUAUGAGCCAGAGAUUUCAAUGGCAUCAAAUGCAGAGCCUUCUCACCCUCAAGAAUAUGUCGUAAGUGAACCAGAACAAUUUAAAUAUACAGAAGCAGAUAAUAAAUUGAGUAAUGUUGCUGAUUUAACGUCUAGCUUAAUAGCUAGUGAAAGCAAUCAUAGUUUAAUACAAAAAGGUAAAAGAGAAUUAGUUGAAGAAUCAGUGGAUGACAAAAAGAAAGAUUUACCUCGUACAAAACAACCGACGGCUACAAAUGAAUAUAAUACUGAACAAAAACUAAUGGAAGAGGUUAAUCAAGAUAUAGACAAAGGUAUUUCACGAUAUUCGACAACAGGAAAUACAGAAAAAAGACCUUUAAAACCAGAUGAAAGCAUUAUAAAAGAUGCACUACCCGUAGUUAUUGAGUUAACUUCAUCAGACAAUAAAACAAAUGACAAAAUCUUAAAAGAAAAAACCGAAAUUGGAAUAAGUUCUCAAAUACCUCUUGCACCAUGUGAUAUUGAUAUUCAAAAGAAAAUAAGCACUCAAGAUGUACCCAAAGAAAGUGUGAUCCGAGAAUAUGUAAGCGAUGUUUCUGUUCCCGAAGAAAAUAUUGUAUCAUUUGAUGAUAAUAGAUGGGAAAGUAUGACAGGAACUUCCUCGACUGUGACACACGAAGGUUUUAGUACUGUGACAAAUAGAUAUGUAACCAGAAUAAGAAAACGGGUAAUAAGACGUAUUCAAGUUAUUGAUGGAAAAGAACAUGUAACUGAGGAAGUUAUUGAAGAACCUGAGGAAGUGAUAACAGAACCCGAAACAUUCACAAUGCAAGAAGAGGGAGUCAAAACCAGACGCGUAAGAAUCAUAAGGAAUGUCCAAAUAAUUGAUGGUAAAGAACACGUCACGGAGCAAAUAGUGGAAGAUUCUGGUGAUGAAUACGUUACGGAUUCUACAGUUACAGCUAAUAUAGAUGUUAAAAUUGGUCCAUAUGAAAAAACUCUUUUAGAAACACAAACAUUCACUGAAGGGCAGAUUAAAGAAACAUUACAAGAUUCUGAACAGAAACCACAAGAACUUCCAUCGCCACUUGAAAUAUCAAAAGGAUUCAUAGACCGUGAAAGAGACCAUACCGUUUCUUCUGUAACGUUAUCAACAAGUCCACUCUCACCAAAAGAAGAUAUCAAAAAAAUUAGAACUCAACCUGAAUUAGAUUCGGAAAAUCAAACUAAAGUUCCUGAAAGCAAAGAAAUUUUAUCUCCCACUUCUAGUAACUUAAAUAAUACAAUUACUACUAUUGUUCAAGAGGAGAAAAGUGUGGAUAUACCUAAUACAGCGAACACAAGAGAUUUAUGUGUUACAGACGUCUUAUCCUCUAGUAAAAUAAACGUGGACUCAAAAGAGGACAUUUUGAGUAAAACGCAAUCUGUUCCGCAAGUUAUAACUAAGACACGUGAUUCUGAAAUUGAUAACGUAGUUCCACAAUUUACCAAAGCUGAAAAACCAACUGCUGCACCAGAAACUUUACCUGAACACAUAAAGUCUGAGGCUGGAAAUAUUACCAUUGAGGAUAACCAGUUGCCAACCUUUGAUAAGGUCAAGAUCGAAGAAACUCAAAAGAACUCUUUACUUGACAUCACUAAAGGCUUGAUUGAUAGUGAAACUAGCCAUGCCAUUGCGUUUGGUUCGCCUGAAACUAUCAGAAUACACAAAGACUUGCAAGCUGAUAACGUUGAAGCUAAACCUGAAGUAUAUAUUCCAGACGAGACUGUUAAAACUGAAUCUAGUAUUGGCGACGUUCCUCUGGAGCAUGUUGAAAAAACUCAUGCAAAGGAAAAAGAAUUGAUGUUGGAGUCAAGUAAGCCCGAAAAUAAGCUAAUAAGCAAUGAAUUCAUUCUAUCUGAUGGACAGAAUGAUUUAAAGAAAAAUUCUGUUGUUGAUGCAACUAAAUCUUUUCUAGGAAUGGAAACUGAACAUUCAUCUAUUAAUCCUAAGGUUACAGAAAUGGAAACUGAGUCACACCCACAAACUUCCAUUCCUGAAAAUAUAAAUACAGACAAAACAAUCAUAAAAGAAAGUGUCGCCGUGACUCCUAAAGAAAUACGAGACGAUGAAAACAAAUUGAUAACAAUUCCCAAAGAAGAGAUCAAAGAUGUGGAAGAAAUCCUUUCUCCAGUCGAGCAGAAGGAAAGUGAUGAAGUCGAUUUGCCGUGUCAAGAUGUUACGCAUACAUUGCACGAUAAAAGUAUUUUGAUAUCUAAAACCGACGACAUCGUUCCAACAAUAAAAUCAGAAGGCUUUAUAUCACCAAAAGAUGAAGUAGAAGUUUUUAUUAAAGAGUCAGAUCAAAAUACUCCUUCACAAGCACCGUCAGUCAGUAAAGAUGGUCCUAUUAUUUCAAACGAAGAUGAUAAAAAUGUAAUAAGGGAUAGCAAAGAACAAGAAGCUACUGGAACACAAAAAAAUUCUGUUCUUGAUGCAACUAAAUCUUUUCUAGGAAUGGAAACUGAACAUUCAUCUAUUAAUCAUAAAAUUACUGAAAUGGAAACUGAGUCACAAACACAAACUUCCAUUCCUGAAGAUAUAAAUACUGACAAAACAAUCAUAAAAGUAAAUGUCGCCGUGACUCCUAAAGAAAUACGAUCCGAUGAAAAUAAAUCGAUAACAAUUCCCAAACAACAGAUCAGAGAUGUGGAAGAAAUCCUUUCUCCAGUUGAGCAGAAGGAAAGUGAAGAGGUCGAUUUGCCGUGUCAAGAUGUUACGCAUACAUUGCACGAUAAAAGUAUUUUGAUAUCUAAAACCGACAACAUCGUUCCAACAAUAAAAUCAGAAGGCUUUAUAUCACCAAAAGAUGAAGUAGAAGUUUUUAUUAAAGAGUCAGAUCAAAAUACCCCUUCACAAGCACCGUCAGUCAGUAAAGAUGGUCCUAUUAUUUCAAACGAAGAUGAUAAAAAUAUAAUAAGGGAUAGCAAAGAACAAGAAGCUACUGGAACACAAAAAGACAUGGAAUUUGUGGGUUGUCAGAUUCAAGAACAAGAUGGCAAUAUAAAAUGUAUUAAAAUAAUUAAACAAAAAGUACUAAUUGGUGACCAAGAACAUGCCACUGAAGAAGUUGUUGAAGUGCCGACUGAGGCCUCUCUAACUAAAUCUGAUUUUACCACUGAAAUUGAUCCUUCUAUCAGCAAAAUUGGAUUACAAGGAAAAGAACUAAGUGAAACAUCAAAUAUUGAUUCAAAACUAUUAGUGUCUCCGAACGACAUAUUAGGUGUUGGAAAUACCAUUGACUUCAUUACGAGUGAAGCAGCUCAUACUUCUCAACUACUAAAUUCACUAAAAGAUUUAUCUGAAACGCCACAAACGGCUGAAAAACUUGAAAAGGACGUUGAUCUUCCAUCAAAAUUGGUUGAUAGUGCACCUGAAGAAAUCCAAACUGAAGUAUCUGAAUCGAAAGAGACAACGGCUUCAACUGAAAAAUACUCUAAUGAACCAAAUGAGCUUAAGGUAUCAGAGUCAGAUAAAAUUGCCAUUUCAACGGUAAAAUCUGAAUUGGAAAAAGUUGAAAAGCAAAUAUUAAGUCAUAUGACAGUUGAUGCUGGUACCACGCAGACAACAGUUGAUGUUACACCAAUACAUACAGAAUCUCCAAUGACUGAAGUUGAUAUAGCCGUUGCGCCAGCGACUUCACAAGUAUCGUAUGUAACGCAGUUCGAACCGCAACAAACAACACGUGACGAACCGCAUCAAACGACGCGUGACGAACCGCAUCAAACGACGCUUGAGGAACCUUCAGAAUUUAUCUUAAACAAGACACCAGAUACCGAUCCAAGAACUGAAAUUACUAAAUUCAUAGAUUUAGAACGUCAUGAUACUCAUCUACGCGACUUGAUGUUAACUGGGCCUGAAGAUAAAGCAAUACAAGCCAAUGUGCCAAAAGAUGACACACAUCUGAGUACUGCGCAAACGGUUGAUGUUUUUAUGUCUAUCGAAAAAUCUGAUAGUAUUAAUAAAACCUUACCCAGCGUAAAACUGGAUCUCAAAGUUGAAAAUUCAGACCAGGAGAUUCCGUCAAUAGUCAAGAAAGAUGUAGAUGUAAUUCUUCCAGCAGAUGUAAAAAUCAUUAAAGAUUCAACUCAACAUGAAUCUACAGAGACAGAACCUGUUCUAGAAACUUUAGCGCACCCAAAGACAAUCGAAACACCGACAGAGAAAGAUAAAGUUAAGAAGAAACCUAAAAAGAAUAAGAAACAAAAACGUACAUCUGAAUGCAGUGAUUCUAUUGAAAUAGAAUUACAAACAGAAACAGACCGGACUAUUAAUGAUACAGAAAGUUCAUCUCUGGGGCAUUAUGUGGAGCUCCCUGUCUCACCUCACCUUGAUUCUCCAAAACCCACUGAGAAUGUCAUACAAACAAGCAUGUCACAAAACGACGAUUUCGAGACAUCUCCUGUUUCCAUAAUAUCGGUUACUGAAGAUAAAGGAUAUGAGCCUGAAGAUAUAUCUUUGUGCCCAACGCCUUCGCCAGAUAAAAGGAAACGAGGCAAAAGACGAAAACCCCAGGUAACUAGUGAAUUAACAACAUAUCCUAAGCAACAAACUACAGAAGAAGCUUCGUUAAUAUCUUCCUCGGUCGAUACCGAUGAGGACCUAAGACAGUUAAAAGAUAUGGAAAGUAAAGAAAAAGGAGAAAAAGAUUUAAUGGAAAAACGUAACAUAGAAGAACCAAAUCAUAAACUUUCGGAGAAACCUGACCUCAGUGAAAUAAUAAGUUCUGAGACUAUUUCUAAUUCGCCGAAAGAAGAAUCAUGCCAUACUAUUAGUGAUGCAUCAGAUGUUAGCACCGUUAAGAUUGUAGAAGAAUGCGUUACUGGGAGUCCUGAAAUGGUACACGACACGAUAACAACAACUGUUACUUACCCAGUACCAGUCGUUGAAGAAAUCCUUACUCAAGAAUACUCUGUGCAAACAUCGCCUGAAACUGUACCUGAACGCAUUGUACCGGACACUGAAAAAAUAGUUGUUUUGCCCCCAGCUGAAACAGCAGAUACUAAUUUACAAACUUCGCCGACACCAGUUGACGAAGUCUUUGUACAGACUUUGCCUAAAGAAGAUAAAGAAGUUCACACCCAAACAAUUCCUAUUGAUACACUAGAUGUACAAGACUCUGAGAUUCAGACAAGUAGAAUUAACACGCCUGAGGUUAUAACGCAGUUGGAGGUUAUGACUCAAGUGAUUCCACAUGACGUAAGCUAUUUAGAAGAAAAAAAUUUACAAACAUCACCUGUAACAGAACUACGAGAAAAUGUCGACGUCUCAGAAGUAUCUCCAAUUGAAGUUGAAUCCAUUGAAAUUCAGACUUCCCCGUGGCCUCAAAUACAAAAAGAUGAAAAAGGUACAGAAACUACUAUCGAAACUGUAGACACAAAUGUUCAAACUUUACAACAUGAGAUUGUUGACCAAGAAACAUCCACUAGCCCGGAAAAAUUGUCCGAUUUAAUAGAGAGUGGUGUUCAAACUUCAGAUAUUAUAACAAUAAGUAAGUUUACUCAAUUCGAUGAAGCAUCGCCUGUCGAGCAAGAACGUCUGGACGAUACAACGGAUAACGAAUUUACAACGCUCCCUGUAGAUCACAAGGAACAAAAGACUAUAACAUUAGAUUAUUCGCAACAAACUUCUCCAACACUUAUGGAAACUCUUGGCCAUAAGUCUCCAAUCCCUAUUGAAAACAUCGUUAAAGUUGACAACAGUCAACAAACUUCACCUAGAGUUCCUGUAGAAGAAGCAACGUACAUUUCCGAUAAAAUAGAUACAAUUUCAUCGGAUAAAACACAACAAACAACACCGAGAGAUUACCCCGAACAUGUAAUUACUGACGUGAGAAAAGAUGUCAGUACUACGGAUCGCGUCCAACAAACAUCUCCUCGUGUGUAUUCGGAUGAUUCAAUUUCAACUUCUACUGAUGAACCUUAUGAAAUCCAUCUACGGGCGCAAAUCUCGAUUCCUCAAGCUACAGACGAUUUUAUCAAUAAUGAACGUCAAAUUCAAGAAGCACCUCAAUCAAUAUCUGGGGAUAGGUCGAAGCCGAAGAAAAGAAGGCACAAAAAGAAAACUGAAACAUCCUUGCAUUCACCUGGAAGCCUUUCCGAUCCCAUUAAUACGGAACUUUCAGUUUCGGUAACACCAACUAGUGAAGAUUUAUCUAGUAGAGAUAUAACUUCUAUUGAUGAAGGAAUAUCUCAAAUCACAAGUCCAGUUGAACCUACAGUUCAGCAGUUUGUUGCCCAACCAAAACUUACAUAUUCUGAUGUUGUGCAAAGAUCAAAAUCUAAAUCUCCUUCACCCAGCAAAACGAUUCUUCCGUUAAGGAAAUCAGAAAAAGCUCGGUUGAUCAAUUCUCUCGAAAAACGUACACAGUCUAUGGCUGAACCACAGAGAAAUGUUUCAGAAGAUUCAAUGACCGUAGCCUUAAUCGAACCUUCAAUGGAAAAAUCUUAUGAUCUUAUUAUUAAUAAAGAAUUAAAUGAUUUAAAGACAGCGAUUGAACAAAGAGAUAACACGAAGACAGAAAAAAGCGUACUUAUUGUAAUCGAAACUAUUUCAAUUUGGUUGGAAGAAAUUCAAUACAAAAUACAGAUAGAAUCUGUUACUCAAGCUAAAGUUAGCGACAAAAGUGAACGUCUAAAAGAACUUCAGAACCAUGUCAACAAUCUUAAAGAAAUUUUAUAUGUUACUGAAGUAAACGAGGAAAUAAUUACUCUAAUAGAGACGUUGACGCGUCAAGUUGAUGCAGUAAAAAAUUUGAGUAGUAACAGUUCGGUAAAAGUAAAGGAAGUAGAAAAUGAAUGGGGUAAAUUUUUAGAAGACACUGAAAUGUUAAGUCUAUCCAUAGAACGGGUAAAGAUGCGAUUAGACGAUAUGAUUAUUUUAGAAUUAUCCGUACAACAAAAACUCGACGAACUUGAUAAUGUCGAAUUAGAAAACAUCGAAAAUACGGAUACGGUUAGAAAGCUAUUCCGAAGAUUCCGCAGUAUUGUUGAAGUUAAUCCUAAACGGGAAUGUCCAUUAAAGUUGUACACUUGCGACGAAGACACCAAACAGAUCGAAAACUCCAUUAAUACCGAGAGAGAUCGACUCAUGCAGUUGAUGUCAUUGGCGGAAGAAUACGAACAAACAUUACAAGACUUCGGCCACAUAACGGACGUAGCGGAGGCUCUUCUGGACGGAAAGAUAAUUGUAUCCGACUUAGAACAUCUGCACGAAGAAAUUCAGAAGCACAGGAAAUUUUUCGUUAACUUAAGCCACUGCCGAGCAAUACUUGAGUCCUUAGAAGAUAAUUUAGACAGUGAAACCAGAGCUAAAUUCUCGGCACUCCAUAACUCCCUACAUGAUAGAGCUACCAAAAUAAUAGACAGAGCCGCCGGUCGCGCACAGCAGAUGACGCUAGCCGCCUCGCGGUGGAGCAUGCUAGACCACGGCAUGAAGGACGAGCAGCAGUGGCUGCGCGUUGCUCAUCAAAGAAUCCCGGACCUCACCAACGUUACAUCUAUGGAUCACGAGCAGUAUAUUAACCUCUACCAGUCCAUCAGCCUCGAUGUCUCCCACCAUUAUGCUAAAAUGUUACGGCUGCUAUCCAUAACUGAGAGCUUACAAAAUCUUAUCGUUUGCUCCGGAUUAGAGACCGAAUGUUCGAUAGCUCUCAACACUUUGUUAACACUACAAGAUGGUAUCGACUCCAGAUUAACUAGGCUAAGGGCCUUUAAAGAAAAUUGGAUGGCAUAUGAACAUCUCAUUAACAGAGUCGAAAGUUGGAUGUCACUUGCCAACAGAGAAUUAGAAAACAUAACCCCUGAUAACAUUACAACGACUGCAAACUUAAGACGAUUCUGGGAACUGAAAGCACAGCACGAAGUACAUCUCAACCUGAAAAAUGAAUCCGGUGUUCAGUUCGAAAAAGCCCUUGAAAUACUGCCAAUAUCUGACGAAAUGGUGCAACGACAAUUCUUUAUGAAGAUAGAGGAUAAAUGGCGGGACCUAGCCGCCAGCAUCGGUGACUUGCACGCUACCGCCAUUCAAAAUAUAUCAGAUCGCGACGUGUCCUCGGGCGAGAAACUCCAUAUUCUGGAGGAAGAAUUAAGAGAACUGCGGGCAUCGCUGGACGGCCUGAAAGGUGUCAUAAAGAGCGAAGACGAACUAAAUCUAUAUAUAGAAAGACUGCAGGUGAUGACGGGCCGCAUCGACAGGAUCCAAAACGAGCUGGGCCGGCUGAGUUUGCUGCCCAGCGCGGAGUCUGACCGCGUCGGCGCGCUGCUAGGCCAGUCGGGCACGUUAGACGAUCAGAUAGCGGAAGAACUGGAGAGGAGCAUGAUACUAAAAGAAAAGAUAGUCCAAGUGCAAGCGGGCAUCUUGCGUUGCCAGAAGAACCAGCAGCGCGCUCGGCUCACGCUUGAGGAGUGUCAGGCGGCGGAGCGGCUCGGCAGCGAUGUAGUCGAGCGCGCCUCGGAGACGUGCCGCCGGCUGCUCGACGACCUGGUGGCCCAGUGGCGUGACAUCCUCUCCCUGAGGCAGGCGCUGCACACCCUGCCCAUAAGUUUGCGAGUAACCGUAUCGCCGACUGGCGUCGAGAGAGAUAUAUCAGCAUUACAAGAGACGCACGCGGAGCUGGAGGCGGCAUGCAACGAGCUGAGCCUGCGGCUGAGGUCGCGCGCGGCGCUGUGGCGGCGCUUCGAGCGACAGCUGGAGCUGGUGCAGGGCGCCGUGCGCGAGGCCGACUACAUGGCCGAGCUGCUCACCGUCCAGGGGCAGGUCGACUACGACCGGCUGCUAAAAGCUACCGAGAAGCUUGAGACGUUGAGUGAGUCGCUGUCGCGGCGCAGCGGGGAGCUGGUGGGGGAGCUGCGCGAGGCGGCGGCCCCGCUGGAGGCCGGGGCGGAGCCCGCGGUGGCGGCGCAGCUGCGACGCGACAUGGACGACGCCGCCGCCGCCUACGAGCACACGUGCGCCAACCUCGCGCAGAUGUGCGACAAGUAUCAGAAGGCGGUGGAGCUGUGGCGGCGCUACCGGGACGCGGCGAGUGCUGUGCGCGCCUUCGCCGAGUCUCAGGAGGGCAGACUGCACGCGCUGCGACCAACAGACGCGCCCAAAGCAGCACAGGCAUGUCUAGAGCAAGAGGCACGCGUGGCGGAGCUGCGGUCUUUGGCUGCGCGCGUGGCAGCAGAGACGGGUUCGCGCGCGCUGCAGGCUGAUGCGGACGCGCUGGCGCGCCGCCUGCAGCUGGUGGCUGGUGCGGUGCGCGCGCUCGCGGACCUCGGAGAGGCGCGGGACCUCGCGCGCGUCAAGGCACAUCACGCCAAGGACAAGUUCUGUGAUAUGAAACAUGAUUUGGAUCCAGUGCACGAGGAAAGUGAAAUAGUGGAAGACAAAUUGAUUGCCUUGCGCGAUAAUUUAAUCGCCCUCGGCAAGAGCGAAGGGGAUAUCGCGCCCGCCAAGGCGGAACUACCCGACAUCGACCGGGACGUUUCCGAGGAGCACUCUAUAGUCAGGAUACUGGAACUAUGGCAGGCCAUGUUCCGGGACACCUUCCUGCACUACCACCGACUGUCCACGGCGCUGGUGAGGUCGGGCGACGCCGCAACCGCGCUCAAGCUGUGGCACGAGUACCUAUUAGACUUGCAAUCGUUCCUUUCCGGAUCGGUGCCGGCGGACUACGAGAACUUGACGGAACACCGCCGUCUGUGCCGAGUGCAUAGAAAUCUAUUGGCCUCGCAGAGGUCGGUAUUAGUUAACGAGAAUAAGGAGACAACGAACAGAGAGUUAGCCGACAAGUUCGACACGCUGACGAACCUACACAACGAGACGCUCGCACGGAUCGUAGAGCGACACGACGAAGUCUGCACCCGCAUAGCCGCUUGGGAUGACUAUAGAGAGAUAUACACUGAGCUGCUGAGGUGGCUGAAAGAGAUCGAGCGAGAGAAGGAGAAGCUGCAGCUCAGAUACGUCCACAUAAAGAGAGUCAAUAAAAUACUGUCGAAAAUUCAAAAUCUCAGCGACAAAUUACCCGAAGGCAGGAAGUUUGCGGAUAAAUUGUCGGUGUACCUCAAGAGAGUUCUAGUCUUUACGGACGACACGUACGGAGCUUCGGUGAGAAUGGAAUACGCCGGAAUAGUAAAACGAGUUGACAACUUACAGGCUAGUCUUGACACGUGGCGUGACUUCUUGACACGAAUACUCGGACUGAUUGGAGAAUACGAGAAUUUGACCGGAGAAUUACAUAAACUUUACUCGAGGACGCAAGACGAAAUCAUGUCGUACUCUGACGAUGAUCGCCUGUCGCGACCGCAGAUCAAAAAAGCGAUCGAAAAAUAUUCGGAAACAAGGAAGAAGAUAGAUAAGACUGAAAACCAAAUAGAAGCUCUGAGUGUAAUUCAGGAACAACUAAAGGAGUGCCUUAGUCCUCAAGACAUACGCAUCGUAAAUCAAAAAGUGUGGCAGAUGCGACAGCAGCGGGCGGACUUGGAGCAUCAGCUCUCGAUCAUAAUACACAGACUGCAAGAGAGGCUGGAGAUAUACACAAUAUUCACCUCGAGGAUAACAAGAUUCUCGGAGUGGAUGACGACCCUCGAAUCCCGUCUCGACACCUCGAGCUCCGAGGUGAACGCUCUGGACCCACAAGAUCUUAUUAGGAAGAUAAACUCUGACAUUCAGGCCGAGACCGCUCUGAAAGAACGAGAAUUUGAGUGGCUCACCGAAACUGGCAGCACCUUAGUCGACUUGUCUAAGAAAGACGAAAAAUCGUUCAGCAAAAACGUCUCCAAACAACUAAAGGACGUGCAGGAGCGGUGGCAGAGGCUGCAGGAGACGGGUCGCAGUAGGAUCGCCAAAAUAAACGAGCUGCUGGAAACGAUCAGUCAACUGGAGGAGCGUCUGACAGAAAUAAGACUGAAAUUACACUCGAUAGAGUCUAAGCUGACCGCAACGGUCGUCAUCGAGAAUCUUACCACGAGAGCCGUCGAUGAGAAAUUCCAAAAUCGCGAUGAAAUACACAAGAGCAUAGAACACGAAAGCGGCGAAGUCGGUGAAACCCUGAAUCUCUGCGAACUAGUCUUCAACGACCCCGACGCCCUGUCCGGCAACUUCGAUCUCAGGAACUUACGGACCGGAGUCGACAUCGUGGACAAGAAAUGGAAGAACAUUUGCGAGAUGUCCGAGCGGCGGAAGAACGCCCUCAAGGAGAUCCGUAAAUCCGCAGAAUUGGCGAACUCCCUGCUACCGAAGGUGGAGAAAAAAUUGGACGGAAUAGAGAAGAGAGUGGAGAAAGUCGAAAUAAGGAAACAGCGCGGCGACGUCGACGACGACAGCGUGUCGAAGGCCGCGCUAAAAGACUUGGACGCUCUCGAGGAGGACGUGAAGAGAUUGGAAGAUACGUACGGUCGGAUCGCGUCCACUCGCGGUGUGGAGCUGCGGGGCGCGGCCAGCGAGCACGCGGGCCGUCUGCGAGUGGCGGCGCGUCGCUGGCGUCAGCUGCGCGCGCGCAUCGCCGCCGCCGGCACUGACCUGCAGCGUCAGUUCGUGGCCGCGCACGGCAGCGCAGUCGUGGCUCUGGCCGAGGCCGACGUGCGGCUCACCAGGGCGCUGCAUCUCGCGCCCACGCCCACAGACAGCGACGCCACUCUCAAGGAAUUGGACGGUGUGGAAGCCGAGAUCGGCGAGUGCAGAGCGCUGGUGGCGGAGGCCGACCGGCUGGAGGCCGCGCUGGCGGGCGCCGGGGGCUCCGCCGCGCUGGCCGCAGAGUACCGCGCGCUGCUGCACGACGUCACCACGCGACUGGACCUCGCCAGGAGCUCCCUGCUCGCCGGCGCCGAUGUGGAUAGCGCCGUACAGGUGGACACGCUGACGUGGGAGACGGACGCGGCGCUGCAGGUGGACACCCUCACGUCCAAGGAGACGUACAGCGCCGAGCUGGCGGCCGCCGUCAGGGAGACCUCGGACGCCCUGGAGGCGCUGCGGACCGCGCUGCAGUACGAGCUGAAGGAGGACGCCGGCGGCGACGAGAUGGCCACCGCGGCCAAGGAGAUCGCCAAAGCCGGUGCCAAACCUGGCCAGACCCUGGAGUUGGCCAAACAUUUGUCAGAACUUUUACUCACUGAGUGCGAUGCGACGGAAGACGAAGCUAUGCUCAAAGAAGUCGAGUCCCUGUCUCUGAGAUAUGAGGAUCUGCUGACGCAGGCGAAGAAGCGUGAGCUGCAGAUCAACAACUUGAGGUUGCCCCACUCUGCGUCUUACGCUCUCACGUGCGAACACGAGUCCGGUCGGCUGACGUGUCCGCUGUGCUCCGACCGCAACUGGAAGCAGCUGGACAACGACCUGUGGCGACUGGAACAGUGGCUGCAGUUCGCGGAGGCCACGGACGAGGCUCGCACUGACCCACCUCACAACUACGACGCUCUAGAAGAUGCUAUACAGGACCACCGCGAGUUCCUUUUGGACCUGGACUCGCACAAGGCGCUAGUGGUGUCUCUGAACGUGGUGGGCGCGCACGUGGCGCAGCACGCGCGCGAGCCGGCCGCGGGUGAGCGUGCGCGCGCGCGUCUCGCCGCCGCCAACGCGCGCUGGGACGCCGCGUGCGCACGCGCAGCCGCCUGGCAGACCCGGCUGCAGCACGCGCUCGUCCACAACCAGCAGUUCCACGACAUCGUGGAGGAGCUAGUGGGGCAGCUGUCGGAGGCGGAGUCGUGCGUGAGGUCGCGGGAGCCGCUGCGGCUGCGGCGCGCUCCGGCCGAGCUGCGCGCUGACUUCCGCCGCUUCAGUGAACUGCGCGACGAGCUGGCGCGAGCUGAGCCGCGCGUGCAGGCGCUGCGGGACGCCGCCGCACUGCUGCACGGCGCUGACUCGCAGCACGUCUGCCGCAGACUGGGCGAGCUGCGCCUACGUCUGCAGUCUCUCCGCAAGCUGUCUGCGGUGUACGCGCUGAAGCUGGGCGCGGCGCUGGCCCGACACCCCGCAGCCGGACCCCCGCUAGCCGCAGCCGCAGCCGCCGCCCUCGCGCCGCAGCUAUUGGAGGAGGAGGAGGAGCAGAUGUCGCUGGGCCUGCCGCCCCUCUCCACCCCCCAGGGGCCGGUGUCUGAGGAGAGCGAGGCGCAGUCUCUGGGGCGGGUGCAGCGCGGGCUGCGCUUCGUGUGCAGAGUUGCGCGCGCUUCGCUCCCCUUCCAGGCGCUGCUGCUGCUGCUGCUGGGCGCUGCGGCCCUCGCCCCCCAAACCCACAACUCCCCCCACGCGUGCGGACCAGCACUCGCACUAGACCCCGUGCUCAGGUAUCCAGACGGACCCCCACCACUCUGAACACUAUGAACUGCGACCCCCAACAUAACUUUGUAACUACUCAAGACUUGACAAUUCAAAUGUGACACUCGGAUAGGAUAAUAUUGCUAUCUUUGUCUUCUUCAUAGAGAAUGACAGAGAUGGCAAUAUUUUCCGUAAGAAUUUUACAUGUUAACAUCAGAAGUAUGAGAUGUACGUAGUAGUAUUCCCAUGUACAUUCCUAGAUUUGAAACGCUGACGUCACAGGUCCACACCCUCUUGGACUUCGAGUACAACUUUGAUACGGCUCUUGUAAUCCAUCCCUUGUAUCCCUCGCCGUGACAAAGUGUACGGUUGUGACGUCAGCGACAAGUGUGCGUCGUACGUGACGGUCCGUGACUGUUCGUGACGGUCCGUGACGGUCCGUGACUGGUCGUGACGGUCCGUG